AGCAACCUCCCGGGGCGCCUCCGCCGCGGGCCUGGCUGGGCCUGGCGCCCCGUUGCUAAGCAGCGCCUGGAGCAGGAGGAGGAGGAGGCGGCGGGUGUCGCCGUGCAAAACCCGGAGCCCGGCGAGGGCGGCGGGGGCGGCUUGGCUUCGGGCUGAAAGAGCCUUCUAACAAGCCCCCCCCCCCCUAGGAACAGGGUCCGGCGGCGCCCCUCUUCGUCCGCCCCGCCCGGAAGGGAAGUCUGGGCUGCCGCCGCCGCCGCCGCCAUGUCCCACAAGUAAGUGCGACUCUGCCCCGGCGCCUCGCUCGCGGGGAGAAGGAGGCUGGCUCGCUCGCUCCUCGGGGCCCGGAAGCCUCUUUCCUAGCAGAGGCGCCUCCAAGGAAGGGCCCGAUCCCGGCAGAGUUCAGCCUCUGGUUAAACCCCAAGGGAAAACUCUCCCCUAGGUGCAUAUAUGUAAGAGACGCAUAUUACAAUACGGUCCAGGAGCUCAAGUGCUCCUUGAAGAUGAUCGCUUUGUACGGAAGAAGGCAAUCCGAAAUUACUUUGGCCUUUAAACGUCGUCAUCACAAAUGCUCUGAAUUCUGCCUAGAACCAACUUUGAAGCCAGUGCAGCUGUUCCAUUAGGCGAGCCAUGCUCUGAAAAGUUUCCCCUGUUAACAUUCUGGACCAAGGAGUUGCCCAGUUUCAAAUGCAAUGCAAUAAUCAAGAUCUGCUUCCUCCAGAAACAGGUGUCAUUGGCACACCCAUUUCAGCUGGGCCAAGGCCCUCUGGCUGUAGCUGACCCUUGGCCAUCCAGGGUCAAAGCCAGGUCCAAAAAAACCACUAAGCCACAGACCUGCAUUUUCGGGGGGGGGGAGCGGUAAUCCCAUUCAACAUUGGUUAAAUGUAAGUACCUGUGGAUCCCAUCGGACUUGGUUAAGGUUACCAGACGUCCCCGUUUCCUGGGGACAGUCCCCAGAUUUACAAGUCAGUCCCCAUACAAAAUCCAUUGAAGCUGAAAAGUGUUCCCGGAUUCAUUGAAAAAUAUCUGGUAACCUUAGACUUGGUGCUGCUUACUUCUAAGUAGACAUGAAUAGGGUUGCACUAUUUGCUAUAUUUUACUUUGUUCUCUUUGUAUAUACUAAAGUGUUCUCUUCCCCAACCCCCCAACCCACUUUAUUAGCACUUACAAUAAAAUGUGGGCGGAAGCCCAGGAGUCCCUCAACUGCCUGUUGCAGAAGGAGAUAGAAGAGAAAUCCCACAAACCAUUGAAAGAUCGCCAAGUAGUGUUUCAAAUGCUAGGCACUUUCUACAUCAAGUAUGUGCAGAUAUUUCGAAAUUUGGAAGCUGCUUAUGACCAGAUUGUUCACCCACAAAAGCGUUUAAUUAUUCGGCAAAUGCUUGAUGGAGUAAUGGGUCGUAUUUUGGAGUUAAAGAAUGAAAUGGUGGAGCUGGAGUUGUCAGAAUAUCAUUACUUUGAUGACAUUUUACAAGAUCUUAAGCUGGCUCCUGUAAGUAUAGUCCCUUCAUGUUGUUUUUCAUAUUGUAGAAUCAAAUCCUAAAUAACUGUUUGUUGUCUUUAAAUAACUGACUUUUGUGCAUCUUAAUAUAGCUGUCCAAUUGUUCUCAGUUGUAAAAAUCACAUGAAAAAAAUUCAAAGAGCCCCACUCCAUUGAAUACUUGGUUCUUGAACUGUUAUUCCAUUUCCAUUUUUCAACUAUAGUAUGUGAGGUUUUUUCAGUUUCACCAUAGAAAUGCAAAAAGCUGCUCCAACCCACAGCAGGUUAAAUCUAAGCCCUGGCUACCAAGUGCAAAGAAAAUAGUAAGGAUGGACCUAAGCGGAGACAUAUCACCUUCACCUGUAAUCAAGGAACACAUACAAAAACUGGGCUUCAGUGAGUUGGGGGGGGUGGGGAGCUGAUAAUACCCCAGCAAGCCUCAUUGAGAAUCACGGAUUUAAUUUAUUUCUCUCAUACAGCUCCACCUGUUGCCCACAUCAUGAACUGCAUCAAACUUUCAUUUAAAAAAAGAUGUUAAACUGUAAAUUCGGCACAUAAGCUAUGUUUACAUUCACACAAAGCUACCUUUACAAAAGAUGGCUACUGAGAACCUUCACAUUGCUCCUUGAGAACCCCUAAGUUCCAAAAGCAGUUUUCAAAAGACUCUUUCACCAGGGUGGUUUGAGGGAAAAUAGCCUAUCAGUGGUGCAUCUCCUGUACUAAUGGUUAGCAAGCCAUAAAUGUCUCAUUCUUCUCCCACAUGCAGAAAUACCCACAUCUGUGUCUUUGGCUAGCCCUAAUCCGUGUAAGCACUUUAUCCAAGCAAGAAAUACAACAGAUUAAAGAAAUUGUAUAGCUAAUUUCUAGACAACAUAUUGAAGUUAUAGCAUUCUCUUAUUUUACCUGUAAAGGCAGAUUACCAAGAUAGUAUUUGUGAGUGAUGUUCAAAUAUAAAUAAUAAAGCUUUGGCAUUCUACAGCCUAUUAUGUUAGUAUAAGUUGCUCUUUCCAACAGUGGGUUGCACUUAAGGAUUUCUUAUGCAAUAAUUAGUAAUGAAUAAGUACACUCAACAGGUAUCUUCUGUACUGCAGCCUGAUGCAGUACCUUUUGUGCUUUUAUUAGCAUCUUCAAGUGUUCAUAUAUCACAUUAUCUUGUUGAUUUAUAACCCAUUUCAUAGCCGAGCUCUCAGUAUAAGACAACUGAAAGGCAACAUAACCAGAUUCAGGAAUCCCUUCUUUGGGAUUAUAUAUUGCUGAAAUAAGUUAAGACAAUUGCAGAAUAAUAGCAACUUUUAUGCACAUCCAUAAUUCAGCAUUCCCAGAAAUGUAUGUUUAAUAUGGGCACUUUUGACUGUUUUGUAGAGAAAUUGUAUUCAUUGAAUGACCAGCAUGAUUUACAAAAUUAACUUUUCCUCUCCAAUAGGAAAACAUUGAAAUUCCAAUCCCAAGGUAUUUUAUUAAGGAGAAAAUAAAGGUGUUGAAAGAGAGGGAGAAAAUCCUUGCUCAGAUAAUGCUUGAUGCUGGGAUGUAUGAUGGCGAACCUGUGAGUAUAUCUAUGUAAUCAGUUCAGGCAGAGCUGCUGAAAGAGAUGGUUCUACCUCCUGCUGUCCUCUUCUUCCUCCACUGCCAUUGCUGACCCAUUCCUAUUCCUGUUCAUCUUCUCCACCCUUGUUUAUCUGAUGCCUUAGUGGUGAUAGCAGAGGCAGUUUCUCUUCUAGUCCCUGCUCUUCACUUACUCAUUCUUGGAAGGGCCAAGAGCAUCCUUCCUCGCAGCCAGGCCUUCUGGGAGAGGUGCCAGGAGAGUGCCUGCGCUGCCAUCAGUGCAAUGUCUAGAAUUCAUGCUUAAACCUAGUAAAAAAAAGAUGUCGAACUUACUUUAAAAUGUUAUAACAUUUCCAAAGUUUAAACCACAGUUUUAGCGACUGUGGCAAACCACAGUGAUGUUUCAUGCACUCUCUUGGCCACCUUGCCCAGAAUAUAUUGCAUUUAGUAACGACUCCUAAGGCCUCCCAGGUUGGGUGACCAGGGAUACCAGCCGUAGCAGGAGGGCCAGCUGGUGAGAGAACCAGGCAGUAAUAAGGCAGGCAAGGCGGUGGCCCAGGAGUGCUCCAGUUUGCACCUGAGAGGUGUAUGGGGUGUUAGGGGAGGGCAGUGCCUCUGUGGAGGGAACUCCUUUGUUCACAUUUUGCCCCCACCCUGCACUCGGCUCUCACCUGUGGCUCCUGGAAUCUGUCAGCAGGCGACUGCAGCCACACCCCAGGAAAUGCCUUUGACUGGCCGGCUAAACCAGGUGAGGGUGGCUGAUGCAUCUCAAAACCUUAUUGAGUUAGGGACUUCCGCUACAUGCAAAGAGAGGCUCUGGCGCAUUGAGCAGAUGAGACCAAUAGUGGACCCAGUGGUCAGGAAGGUGGUUUCUGCAUGUGCUGUAGAGGGAAGUGAGGGGCAGAUGUUGCUCAUCAACCUGGGAAAGUAGCCCUCUAGGAGAAGGAAAACUCUGAUUUUAAACCUCUGCUGACUUAUGGGAGAAGAAAGGGUUAAGGAGCAAAUCCGACACAAAUCUGGAAUGGAGUCCCUAAGACAGUUGGAUGGCGCCUAGUAUGGCAAGUCCUACAGCCAUGCUGGUGCCAAAUGUCUUACUCUGCUUUCCUUUGGACCCCAUCAGCGAGGCUGAGAGGGGCUUUUGUCAUCUGGGCAGCCCAGGACCUCCAUACACGCUGCAUCCUGGAGCAGUCACUUUGGUGCUGCUGAUGCAGCGGUUUGACUUCACCCCUGGAGGUGCACUCCAUUUUCUCUUGAGACAGAUGGAUGCCACCCAACACCACCUGAAAUACAGUGGUGCCUCGCAAGACGAAAUUAAUCCGUUCCGCGAGUCUCUUCGUCUUGCGGUUUUUUUGUCUUGCGAAGCACGGCUAUUAGCGGCUUAGCGGCUAUUAACGGCUUAGCGGCUUAGCGGCUAUUAACGGCUUAGCGGCUUUAAGAAAAAGGAAACGAACUCGCAAGACGUUUCGUCUUGCGAAGCAAGCCCAUAGGGAAAUUCGUCUUGCGGAACGACUAAAAAAACGGAAAACUCUUUCGUCUAGCGAGUUUUUCGUCUUGCGAGGCAUUUGUCUUGCGGGGCACCACUGUAGUGGUCUCAUUCUGCCACAUGAUUAGACCAACCCUUAAUACACAGAUUCUGGAGCACCCAAAGAAGGCCCAUGAUCCAUUCACCUCUUACAUCUGUCAUCCUGUUUCUGACUCUCUGCACAGCAUACCUUUCACUGCAGGAGUGCUAGACGUUUGGACAGAGAGCAGAUAUUAGGAUUUUUAGGUAACAAAGUUAUCUUGCUAUUUCCUGAGUUGAUGGAGACAAAGCAAAAUUAUGAUCCAGGAAUGGGGAGUGCUGUCAGAUGGUUGCGUGAUUACAGCGUCCUAGACAGAUAUUCCUGUUAGUAUUUCCCCCUCUGGUAAAUUAUAAAUGGUGAGCCCCUUCAUUCAGGAGUGUGUUGCUUUUAUUGUCUCAUAUAAUGCACCAUGUAAAUGGUCCAAUACAAAAAUAAUAUUAUAAAAUAAUCUGUUUAGAUCAGGCUGUGAAUUACCUUGGAAUUUUUUUUAAAAAAUGCUUUAUUGAUUUUAAAAACAAAACAGUCUACAAAAACAAUCGAAAAUCGAUACAUAUUACAAAAAAAAAUUAGAUUCAUACAUAACUAAUUCCAACAUGACUUCCAUUGUGGUUCCUAUAUUACAUUUUCGACUAUGCACUUUCCUUUAUCUCUCCUAAGUUAUUUCAGUUGUAUUGGUUUUGUAAAAUUCUCUUACUUCAUGCAGAAGUCAAUUCAGGCCUGCCAAAGAAUUUAGAUUUUUACAAUAUUCUUUUAGCUAUACUCUGUAAAUGUCCCACUCUCUAUUAAAUAUUUGAUCAGUAUCAUCUCGGAAUCUUGCUGUCAUUCUUGCCAGCUCUGCAUAUUCUAACAUUUUGGUCUGCCAAUCCAAUUUGGAAGGAAUGGAGUCUCCUUUGCAUCCUUUUGCAAUUAGAAUUCUUGCUGCUGCUAUUGCAUACGUAAAAAUUCUCCUUAAAUUUUUCAGAAUUUCAUUACUCAUUAUACCCAGCAGAAAGGCUUCAGGCUUCUUAGGGAAGGAACAUUUAAACAUUUUCUUAAGAUUAUUAUAUAUUGUAUCCCGGAAUUCCCCCCCCCUUUUUUUUGGCAGUUCCACCACAUGUGGAUCAUCGUGCCUUCCACCUCCCUGCAUCUCCAACGAAUGCUUUACCUGGUUUUAUAAAUUUUGGCCAAUUUUACAGGUGUUAGAUACCAUCAGUAAAGCAUUUUCAUGAAAUUCUCUUUCAAAUCAUAGCACACAGUGAAUUUCAGGUCCUCCCUCCAUAACCUUUCCUAUGAUUCCAUUUGGAUAUUGUAACCAAAAUCUCUGGCCCAUUGGUCUGUAACUGAUUUUGCUUCUUCCUCCUUGACCUCCCAGUCAAGGAGAAGUCUGUACAUUUUAAGAGAGCGGUUUUUUUUAAUUAAAUCUUUCUCAAGUCUUGAAAGUUCUGUGGAAAAGCCUUUUCUGUUUGUCUUUUUGGAAUGUCUUGUUCAUUUGCAACCAAUCUGUUAAAUGGGUUCGAAUUUCUUCCAAUUUUUAAAAUUUUAGCCUAUUUUCCUUUUCUUCCAAUAAAUCUUGGUGAAUUGACAAUUACCUCUCAUGUGUUUUUUUCUUUACCAAGAAUGCUUCUGUCGGGGAUAGCCUCCAUGGCGUUUUUGGUUCUAGUAAGUCCUUAUACUUAGCCCACACCAUAUAAUGAUUUCCUAACCAUGUGGUUCAAGAAGCCUUUUCAUACCAUAGAUAAGUGUGCCAACCGUACUGAUAAUCAUUCCAGAUCCAGCAAAUCAGUGUUUUGUAGUGUCAAGCAUUCCCAGAUCUAGGAGAGACAAGCCGCCUCAUGAUACAGUUUCAGAUCUGGCAGUGACCCCCCCCCCCUUAACAUCAAUUAAUAGUUUGUGCUUAAUCCUGCGGUUUUUACCCUGCCAGAUAAAUCUUGAGAUGUCCCUCUGCCAAUCUUUUAAACAGCUUGCUCCCCCUGAUCACUGGAAUUGAUUGGAACAGAAAGAUCAUUUUUGGGAGCACGUUCAUUUUAAUUGUAGAAAUUCUUCCCCCAAAGGAGAUGUUUAACCUGCUCCAAAUCUCAAAAUAAUUUUUUAUCUCCUUCCAGGUCUUAACGUACCGUACUUUUCAAUGUAUAAGACUAGGGUUUUUUUUACUAAAAAAUAAUGUUAAAAAGGGGGGGGUAGUCUUAUACACGGGGGCAUGUUAUACACGGAAAAAUACAGUAAUUAUCCUGAAAUAGAUUAAUAUUUUUUGUCAUGAGCCAUAUACCCAGGUAUUUUACUUUUUUGCUAAUUUCCAAACCACGAAUUUCUUGUAAUUCACUUUUUUCCUGGAUCCCCAUAUUUUUUACCAGUAAUUUCGGUUUUUUGCUAUUGAGUUUAAAACCCGCCACCUGCCUGAAUUCGUUUAUCAGUUCCAACAGUCUUGGUAAACUUUCUUUUGGGUUUUCUGUGGUUAUAAUGAGGUCAUCUGCAAAAGCUUUUAAUUUGUAGGAUUUCCCCUGAUACCUCUUAUCCUCUCGUCCUCUCUUAUUUUCCUAUUCAGGGUUUCUAAUACUAGAAUAAAUAGCAGUGGGGACAGUGGGCACCCUUGCCUUGUCGCCUUCAUUAUGUUGCAACUAUCUGUGAUAUUGCUGUUUAUGACAAGUUUGACUCACUGCUCAAAAUUUAUUGGCUCUUUUCCUCUGCAAAAUGUUUCUUCAAGACCCAUUAAGUUAAUUUGUGUUUUCAUAAAGCUCCAAUAGAUGUUGUCAAAUGCCUUUUCUGCGUCUACUAGAAUAAGUACUGCUAGUUUUUCGUUUCUAGCUUCUAGGUAUUCUAGUAUAUUAAUAAGGUUUCUUAUAUUGUCAUUUAUCUGUCGUCCGGGAAGGAAGCCUGCUUGGUCCUCAUGGAUUAUUGCUCUCAGGGUCUUUUUUAGUAUUUCUGCUAAGAUGGCUGCAAAGAGUUUGUAAUCGUUAUUAAGUAAUGAAAUUUGUCUGUAGUUUGAGAUGAGUGUUAAGUCUGUCCCCUGUUUGGGGAUUAGCGUUCUGUAUUGGCUUCCUUCCAAUCUCCGUUAUUUUUCCUUUGGUUAGUAUAUCGUUCAUCACUUCUUUUAAAAGUUGAGAUCUAGCUUCUUUCAUUUUCUUGCAAUAGCAGGCUGACAGUCCAUCCAGCCCUAGCGACUUCCCUGAUUUCCCAUUCCUGAUUACCUUGGAAUCCACAUGCAUUUUUUUUCUUGUUAGUUAUAAAUAAUGUACUUAUAUAUAGAUUUUCUAACAGGGGUUUGGAAGAAGCAGGAAGUUUAUGCAUGUAAAUUUUAAUAAAACAUGUAGUAGAAGUUACUGACAUUGCUGAAGUUUGUAAUGUCUUCCUCCUUCUUCUGAACCUUAGGGUUUUUUUAUUUGUAACAUUUGCCUUUAAUCUGAGGCAAACAUUACAGCCAUGUGAGCCGUUCUGUAGUGCAUGUUGUAAUCUGAGUCAAAAGGACACUUCUUUCCAUGUCUCCCUCCUGCCUUCAUAGGUUCUAGAGAACCUGGGAAAUGUUUCCAGGGUGUCUGACAUCCACUGACAGGACUUUGGUGUGCUGAAAAGCUUCCCCUGGCUUCUGAUACCUAGUAUGCUGCCAUAGCAGCAAAGAAAAAGUGGGAAGCAUAAAUGCAGGAGUAUAAAAUACAUGCAUUCUGAUGGAAUUUUGUGCACCUGACACAUUUCUGCAAAGAAAUAGGAAAGAGCAACAUUGUUUAAUUGGAAUUCCUCUGGGACAGGAUAAAGACAAUGUUCUAGAUGUAUUUAUUUUUGUCCUAUGCUUCCAUUUUAUGUUAUAGAAAAAAGUUGUGAAGCUCAUGCCCUUAGAAGAAGCUAUUAGAACCAUUCAGAUAGCUGAGCGGGCUCGUCAGGGCCGACUCCGGGCUACAUUCAUGAAGCAAAUCUAUCUGGAAGAAAAGAGAGAGAGGCUAGCAAGGCUUACGGGUGAGAAAGCCCUAGAUAUAGAUGGUGCUGUGUUAUUCAUUCAGAAGGUAAAAUAUCUUCUUUUUAAUCAGAGAUACAUUGCUAUAAAAAUGGAAUGCAUGUUUAGUUGCCUUUGGGAAAAGAUAAUAAUCUAUAUUUAAAGUAGUAAUCCACAAUCUCUUCUAAUCCUGGCAUGCUUUGUUAAUUGACUUGGUUUUUCUGAGAUGUUUUUAGAGGUCUCUUGGAGAAAGCUCAGGGUUUUUUAUGAAAGUUCUGUAAGAAAAAGCUUGGAAAGCCUGGAUCUGUGAUAAUCCCUUAUUCUGCUGCCAGUAGCCCCCUGCUGUCAUUACUUCUUCCUGCUCCUCAAAUGCGCUACCACCUCCCUUACCAGGGUUGUGUGGCUGUGGAGGCAGCAGCUUCUGGUGAGGUCUUGUGGAACUCCUGCAAGAUCUUUCUGGAAGCUGCCACCACACAACUCUGGUGCUGGAGGGUGACCAUAGAAUUGUAGGACUCCGCUAGAUUGGUAAAGAAAAAGUGUUUUAUAUGUCUUGUUUAUGCAUUAUAACACUGUGACACCAGAUGGCGCUGUGGAGUUCCAUUUUUUUCCAACGCGAUUUCUUAUACAGUGAUACCUUGGUUUGCAUACGUCUUGGAUUACAAAAACAUCAAACCCGGAAGUGUGUGUCCCGGUUUUCAGUCUUUUUUUGCAUUACACCCCCCCCCUUUUUUUUUUGGAUUACAAACAAAUUUAUUUUGGAGGCCCCAUUGGUGAAAGCGCGCCUUGGGUUACAACCUGUUUUGGUUUACAAAUGGACCUCCGGAACAGAUUAUGGUUGUAAACCUAGGUACCACUGUACACAGUUUGCAACACAUUUAACUGAAAUGCUUCUUUGAUGUGUCUAGAUCUGGCCAUAGAAUCUUAGAGCUGGAAGAGACCCCCAGGGGUCAUCUACUCCAACCCCCUGCAAUCCAGGAAUCCUAGCUAAAGAAUCCCUGACAGGUGGCCACCCAACCUCUGCUUAGAAACCUCCAAGGAAGGAGAAUCCACAACCUCCUGAGGGAGACCGUUCCACUGUGGAACAGCUCUUACUGUCAGAAGGUUCUUCUAGAUGUUUAGUCGGACUCUCCUUUCUUCUAACUUGAAGCCAUUGGUUUGAGUCCUACCUUCCAGGGCAGGAGAAAGCAAGCUUGCUCCACCUUCCAGGUGACAGCCCUUCAGAGAUUUGAAGAUGGCCAUAAUAUCGCCUCUCAGGCUCCUCUUUUCCAGGCUAAACAUACCCAGCUCCUUCAACUGUUCCUCAUAAGGCUUGGCUAUUAGACCCUUGAUCAUCCUGGUUGCCCUCCUCUGCACACGUUCCAUGCUCCAGAGUAUGCUUUGACACACCCAGGCACUAUAGUUUUCUGUUCUUCCUGGCUCAGUUGAUUGAGCCAGGAGGAACUGGGGGAAACAACAACUCCAAGACAAUGGAUUCUACAAUACUGAAAUCUGCUGUGACGUUUCCAAACAGCUGUUUGGUGAGCUGUUUGUUUCUCUGAUAAAAAUGGCAUCUUUGGCAGGAUAGGGGCACUUAAAACAAUAGGGAAGAAUUGUAAAUUGCCAAAAAUAUUCUGCUCACUUAACAAUUUUUAGUAAGCAAAUAUAUCAGGUAACUAUAAGAUAUAAAGAAAGAUAUAUCGUAAUAUUGUAAUAUUUGUAAGAAGUCGUGUCACUGAAUGCAUUCAGGGGAUGGUACUUGAAGCCAUCAGGAUUCGUGUCUUCUAAUCUUCCUUGUAGCCCCCCCCCCCCCCCCACUGACUGGGAAUAUUUCAAAUGAAAGCUGAGUUGUCUUUGUUUUUAAAUGAAAAACUAGUGAUAAUAUUGAAGGAGUAAGCUUCCUAAGACAUUAAAUGGCAAACAGAUUUUUUUAUGCCUAGAAGAAUGGGCAACCACAGCCCUGUGGAGCACAUGCAGCCCCUGAAACAGCUGGAAAACCCAUGGGCUCUUGGUAGAAGAUCGAAAAUCAUUCUAGUUUUCAUUUAAAAAUAUAAAUCCAACCCUCAUAUUUGCAGAAAAUGUGUUAUGGGAAAAUUGUCCAGCAGGGUUCUUGAUAUCAAUCAAAGGAGCAUUCAUUUCAUAUUAGAUUAUAUGACCAGCACAUGUUUCUCAACAACAUGACUCUAUGUAAAUAUGUGUGGGUGAUGUUAUUUAUCCUUGGAGCAGACUCAUUGGGGGAAAAUUAUUAAUUUGAAUGUGCCUACCCUGAGUAUGAAUUAGUUGGAUGUUACCCUAUGAUCGUAAAACGCUUUUUGAUGAAAGCUUAAGAAUUUCCUUCAAUUCUUACAACUGUACAUAUCCCUUCUUACAUUACUUCUGCAUUUGAAAAGUAUUUUUGUGAAAAAAGGAUGCAGCUUCAAUGAUUAAGUCAUUUCUUUACAUAGCAUUUGUGUGCAUAGUGUUGUGCAAAAUUAUUUGAAAAGACAGAGAGAAAUAAAGGAUUAAAAUGGGUUAAAAGAUAAAUCAUACAAAUUUCAAAUGAAUUCACAGAAUUAUCACCUCCAAAUUAGACUACAAACAAAGCAGGAAAGAUUAAGACCCAAUGCCAAAACCCCCAGAUGGUAAUUGUUAAUGAUACAUUGCUAGAUUUGGAGUCUGUUUUUUCCUUCCUCUAUUUGUUUUUCCCCUUGCUGCUGUGCAGGAAGUUGUAAAAAGGGCAAUUAAUCUCAUUAGGUUUGUAUUCCAAAUUCAGCUUUGGCGUGGAUAUGCCCAGUGGAAGAAAAGUUUGAAACUCAGAGAAGAAGAAAUGGUAUUUCUAGGGAUGGUGAGUCUUCAUGUACCUUUCCUUCCAAUUUGCCAUUUUAAAUAAUUCCAGAUUUUAGAUGCUAUCAAAUGGGUGUUCUAAAACUCUGUGUUAUAAAGGUUACCUGCUAACAAGAAUAAAUGUCUACAUCAAAACAGUUCCCACUUGUCAUUACGAAUACUGUAUCCUGUAUACCUAACCAAAAUAAGAACAGAAAAGUGAUAAUUUGGGUCGGGGGUGAAUGUAGUAUAUCACUACUACCACUAAGUGGCAAAUGAGGAGAGAAGUGUGGGGUUGUCAGCUGCACUGCUGCUCCUUAAGUCAUCACCUAACAUUGAUGAUAGAGUAGCUUCUCUCCCACACCAGUAUUGAAUAUGACUCUUUUAAGUUAAUAAAUAUUACAGUUUCCUUUGAUAUCUGUGCAAGUGCACAGUCCUUGCUAUGUUUUGCCUGUCUUUCUGUCACUUCCGGAGGUAGCACUCAGGGAGGAUUCCCAUAGCGCUUAGUAGAACCCACACUUUGUUGCCCCAGGGCAGAAACAUCUUGCAUCUCAGGGGAAGGGACUGCUCAUUCCCCACACUUCAUCCAUUUAUUUCUUAACCAUGGUAUACCACUUGUUGUAGGAGAAAACAUCACAGUGGAAUUUUAAAAAGGUAAAACAAUAAAAUUCUCUCUAAAAAUUUUACAGCCAUAAUUUAAAACUCCAAUAGAAUAGACUAAAACAGAUUAAAGCUGUUUGGCAAGGGCCAAAAAGAACACAGCAAAGUCACUGGCCUGAUACCAGUAGUGUACUCCUAGUGCAUGUGAGAGCGAGGAAAGAAGAGAAGAAGAGUUUGGAUUUGAUAUCCCGCUUUAUCACUACCCGAAGGAGUCUCAAAGUGGCUAACAUUCUCCUUUCCCUUCCUCCCCCACAACAAACACUCUGUGAGGUGAGUGGGGCUGAGAAGUGUGACUGACCCAAGGUCACCCAGCAGCUGCAUGUGGAGGAGCGGAGACACGAACCCGAUUCACCAGAUUACGAGACUACCGCUCUUAACCACUACACCACAUUGGCUCCUAUUGAACCCCAUGGGAAUCCUUGCAUGGGUACUUCUCCCAUACGCUAUACCUACAGAAAUGAGGUUAAGAAUAAAAAUUACAAGCAGGUUUUAAUGUGCUAUUUAUUCCAAACCAAUCUUGUAAAUGACAUUGGUGUGAUUGAAGAGCAUAUCAAAAGUUGGAUCAAUGGUACUUCUCAUAGUCAUACACCCCUGCCACCCACUAGAAAUGAUUUGGAUAUUGUUGUUGUUAUUUAUUAUUAUUAUCACUGCCCAACAUUUAAAGGAAGCUUCCUCUGCCUAAUGGGUUUCUGAAAAAUAUUCAAAGAGCGGCGAAAAAUACUCUCUAAAUGUGUGAGAAAGAAAGAUACUUAGCAUUAACACAAUUUCUAUCAACAGUGUCUCACUCCCCACCCAUAUGUAAUUGCAAGGAACCAGGGUGGGAAAAGGAAGAUGACUCCUUUAAACCAUAGGCUGAUGCCUUCCCAUUGGUAGAGGAAUGUGUCCUGCUAAACAAUAAUUAAUUAAAUAAAUAUUUAUACCCUGCCCAUCAGGCUGGGUUUCCCCAGCCACUCUGGGCAGCUUACAUCAUAUCUAAAAACAUAAUAAAAAUAUCAAGCAUUAAGAACCUCCUGAUACAGGGCUGCUUUCAGAUGUCCUCUGAAUGUUGUCUAAUUCUUUAUCUCCUUGACAUCUGAAGGGAGGGCGCCACUGCCAAGAAGGCCCUCUGAUGAACCAGGGAAGUGGACGCUAGUCUAGAUAUGCUAGAUUUAAAUCACUUAGUGUCUUGCCAGUCAAUUAAUAUCCAGUAAAGAGAGUAUGGGUGGGAUUAAUUCAGAAUAAAAAUGGCCUUUUGUUAUUCAUGAGUCCUGGUUGUGAUCCUCUUUAAGAUUAUGUUCUCUUCCAUGAACACUUGGGGAACCUGGUAGGUCUCAUACACGUUCGUGUUGAUGUUCAUGUGGGGUGGGGCAGCAGGUAGUGGUCAAGCCCCCUUUGAUAUAUGAUUGUACCAGCAUUUUUUUUUUAUUACUAUAAAAUAAUUUGCAGGGCUUGCUUUUCUUACGCAUUCAGAGUUACAUGAAUUGCACAUGGUCCUCUGUUGUUUUAAACUUAUCCUCAAACAAAUACUGACGUGUCUAGGAAGAAUGACUAAUUUUUCCUAUGAGGGAGGAAGAUAUUCUCAUCUGGGUUGCUUCUCCUGCUCUAGGAGGCUGGGCUAUACAAAUCAGGCCAUCGUUAUUCCUUGCGUGGGAGAGAGCUCCCCCCACAGUUUUUCUGUCCUUGCUGCUCCAGGAGUCAGGGUCAAACUAUGUCCUCACCUUCCCUAUUUCUUAAUCUAGUUUUCCUCCAUCUCUCACUUCACUUUUCUUCCUUGCUUCUCUCUGCCUUUCUUCCUUGUUAAAAGCCCGUGUGGCUUUCUUGCUGGCAUAAUGAAGGAGCCAUUUCCAGCCAGCCCAAGACCUUCAACACUCAAGAGCAGCCCUCAACAUGUAAAGGGUAAAGGUACCCCUGCCCGUAUGGGCCAGUCUUGCCAGACUCUAGGGUUGUGCGCUCAUCUCACUCUAUAGGCCGGGAGCCAGCGCUGUCCGCAGACACUUCCGGGUCACGUGGCCAGCGUGACAAGCUGCAUCUGGCGAGCCAGCGCAGCACACAGAACGCCGUUUACCUUCCCGCUGGUAAGCGGUCCCUAUUUAUCUACUUGCACCCGGAGGUGCUUUCGAACUGCUAGGUUGGCAGGCGCUGGGAGCGAACGACGGUCCUCAACAUGUAGGAGGGCCUUAUUCCUUGCCAGUGGAGAGGAGAGACAAGUUUUGGAUGGGUGGUGUUAGUUGCAUGCAGGUCAGAUAUUUUGCUGUUAGCUCAUGUACAUGGAAACAUGAUUUCCUGUCUGCCUUGUGUGACAUGCAGACAGUCUUAGAGUGGCUGCCUAGAAAAGAUGCAACAAUCCAAGUGCUGUUUCAAGUCCAGGAAAAAGUCAAGCCCUUCUUGACUAACUGAGCUAUGGAUGGCCAUAUACAAAUACUAUUUUCUUAAUCACUUUUAGAAUGUACUUAAAUGCAGCUUUUUCAUGUGAAAGGACAUAAUUUGACCAUCAGUAACUUUUCCUCUCUGUCUCUUUUAAUGUGUAUCUUAUAUAUAUUUAUAUAAUUACAUGGCUUGAAUAAUGUAUUUUAUUUCCUCUUGUGCUUCAGCUAGUUAGAAAAGUAAAUCUCUCCAUAGAAUGGCUCUCAUUAUAAAUAAUAUAAACUGUGGUCAAAGAAAUAAUUAGAUUCCUUAUAGCAAAACUUCAAGCUCUAUAAAUAAGUAGAGCGUGAAUAUUCUUCAGCUCCUGCAAACGGGAAAAUAAGAUAGCUCAGGGGUGUCAGAUGUCUGUUUCAUUAAGCAUAUCUGAAAAUGCCAUUUUGGCUUUAUUUAUUUUCUGCAGUUACUCUCUAGAGUUCCUUGUUGUGUUACUGAUCUCAUUAAUCCAAACUUUGACUACUUUACAUCCUUUUUAUACUCUAAAAUAACCGUUGUUUAUAUAUCUGCUGGUUUUUCAUUUCGCAAAAAAGUAGGAUGCUCCCUGAAAAAAAAACUUGUGUCAAAUAAACUGGACCAGGACCUUUGGAAUCCGGAGGACGUAGAGGAAUGAAAUUCUGGGGAAACCUGUUCCUUAAAGAAAGAGGAGGAGGAGAUUCACACUGCAUUCCAAAUUUAGGAAUCUUCUUUUCCCCAAGCUGCACCAUGUUCAGGUGUGACAGCCAACCCCAGUCCUAAGCCCCUUUGCUCUGUAUAGCUUAGCAGCACAAGCCUGGAAAAGAAGAAAAAGUUAUCCUUUACAAGGAUAGAGCACUAUAAGACUUCUGAUGCAGGCUAGCAAGGUUUUUCUUGUUGGUGUUAAACUGCAACACUUUGCGGGAAUUGGGAUUGGGUGUGUGUGAAAUUAGAUUUUUAAAACUCCCAUAGAGGCAAGGCAGUUUUUGAGAGGGAGGAAGUGGGAAAGGACACCUUUUUACUUUUCAGGAGAUAAGCAAUCGCUAGGCGUACAAGAAAUAUGGUUUUGUCUUAUUGUACUAGUGAUAUAGUGAAAGCAGCUUAAAAGAUACAAAACUGGUAAAAGACAUUCCACUAGUUCUAAAUUAUGCAUUUUCCAAAAGUGAGCAAGAGGCUGCCGCCAUGCAAAAAAAGGAGCCCUAUCUAUCAAAGGGGUAACACCUUUGGAAUUGUGUGCAUUUCCCCAUUGGGAUACCCAUGUGGCCAGAGGCAUAGCUAGGCUCCCAUGUGCCCUUGGCCAGGAGCUGUUUCAGCACCCGCCUUGUCCGUUUCAUUCCUCUGCCAAGGCACCCAGAGCAGUGGAGUGGCCCAGGGAGUGCACAGGCAGGCAGGCGGGCUCCGAACCAGAGUGGAGAGGGGCGGUUUUUGUGUCUCCCUGGGCCUGCGCCUUUGGCAGGAGCCAAACUGCCCAACCCCUAGGUAUGCUCCUGCGUGUGGCAGGCCUGUUUUGAGCAUGCACUGUUUUAGUAAUCUCAUUUGAAUGAGGGGGUUACAUUAGUAAAAGAGGUUUAACAGCAUACCCAGAGCACACCUAGAACGUUAUCAAGAAAGCAGCUAUUACAUUGCAACAUUAGUGAAUUUAGCAAGAACUCUCAUUGUCAUAUUACAUUGGUAAACUAUUUCUUUAUUGCAUUAUUGAGCACCCUACAUUCAGAACUGUUGCUCUGAGUUAAUUAUCAGCUAACCUGCAGAUUCCUAGGGCCAACACCAGAGUUUAUUUUUAUUUUUCAGGUGAAUCGAAACUGUGACCAUCAUGCAUGAAAUUCAACUAAUUCCCAUUUUUAAAAAUGAAAAUAAGGAGUUUUUUCGAGAACAAAGCAUACUUUGUGACUGAUGGGCUGGAAUGGUUUGUUUCAUGGACUAAUGUCCACUUUUGCCUUAUCAAUUUAAACAACAGUUUAAGACAAAGCUCAUCAAACAUUAGAUAAGCAUUUUAAGUUAAUGGGCCAUAUAGUCCUAUCAUUUGACAAACACGAGAAGUGCAUAUUGCAGCCUAUUUUUACAGAAACAUCAAUUAUUAAUAGGCAUAUUAUUGCUGACAGAGGACCCAGCUAAAUAUGUGAAUUUCGUUAUCCUGUUUUGGGUCAUUAACUGUAGGAAGCUUGUAAACAUAAUGGUUUCUAUUCACAUAGGAAACCUUCAUUAAGAUGUAUUAUUCUACUGCUGAUAUGACCAUCACAUACUACUAAAUAUGCAGCCUGCAUCUAAGAUGUAUAAAUUUAUUUUUAAAUGAGUAACUGCUCAUAGAGUGAGUUAACAAAUUUGAAAUUUGCACAACCAGGAAAAAGCUUGAACGUAACAAUAUGAGGCAAUUCUAAAGGAAAAGCAAAGGUGCAAUACCUCCCAGGUUUAGGAAAUCUACAUAAUGGGUAGAGUGUAAAAGGAUCAAGUGUUUUCUUUGGUUUGAAUACCCACAAUAGCUUACGCACAGAUUUUAGUAGGCAUUCUGAAGCUUGGGGCACAAUUGAAAAUGGCACAAUGAAAGCAGGUUAUUAAGAAGAAGAUGAAGAAUUCAGUUCUAGGAUUUCAAAAAGCCAAUUUCAUUUCACGUGGUACUAACAAAUUCACUCAUGCAUCAAAAUACACGGGAAAAGGCUAAGUUACGGUGCCUACUUAAGCUUCCAUGUCAUGUAAGAGGGAAACACAUUCUGCUGCCUCACAUACUGUGCUCACUUCUAGUUUGGCCUCCACAUUUUCAUUUGAUGCCUCAGCCACAGUCUCCUUACUCUGUUGAAUGGGAGCAACACUGAUCAGUAGUAAAAAUAAAAUAAAAUUGUAAGAUACUUUUUAAAUCUAACCCUUAAAUUCUGACAUUCAAAGGCAGGGAGGCAUCAAUAGGAACAGAUAUCUCCAAGAACCUUGUUUGGAACCAUGGCAGUAGAAGUUCAAAAUGCAUGCUUUAAUUUAGGGAAAGUACCAACAAGUUCAAAAGAAUGCCAGGGUGCUUCAUAAGCUAUGUCUAAGGAACUAUAUUUUUUUUCCAGAAAAGUGAAUUCCUGUCUAAGUCAGGAGAAUGGAAAGGAGCACAAUUCUGGCAAAACUAAUAGAAGUGGGGCAGAAAUUAAGGAGCAUAUUACAAAUGCAUGGAGACUAGGGAACUGAGUGAAAAAGUGAUGAGAAGUUAUUGGACUUACCAAUGAAUUAAAAUCGAUGUUACUAGGCCCAGAGAGCACCCAUCCCAGAAUUCUAAUAGGAAUCUAAGGUGAAACUACUGGUUGUCUAACAAAAGAAAGCAACUUGUUAAAUUGGCUUAUGUUUUAGAGGAUUUAAAAAUAGCCAAUGUAACGUAAAUGUUUUUUAAAAUAUCAAGAGGCAGAUAUGGACAAUUACAGGGCAGUUAGUUUAUUGUCCUAGGGAAAUUGGUGGUAAACAUUAUUAAAUUUAUCAAACAUACAAUAAAACAUUUCUUUCUGAGUAAGGAUCAGCAUCACUUUUGCAAAGGAAAAUCCUGCCUCAAAUUUAAGUCCUUUGAGAGUAUUAGCAACCACGUGGAUCCAGUAGACAUGUUUAGACUUUCAAAAAACUUGUAACAAACUCAAAGGUUCCUGAGGAAAUUAACAGUAUGUACCAGUAAUUCGAGGAUAGGCUCAUGGAUUGCUAACCGGUCAAAGAACAGGAAGCAGCAGGAAUAAUGGAGAGAUGGGAUCUCCUUAACAGUGAAAUGGCUACAUUUAUUGAUGACUUCCAAUUAUUCUGGAUACUGCAAAUUUAAAUUGGUUUUAAAUAGCUCCCAUAGCAUUGCUCCAAAUUGAGCAAAUGGACAACUGAACACAGUACUAUUUACUAGAAAGCAACAGCAGAUUAUUAUUAGCUUCAGGCAUUGCUGUCAACUUUGGGAGCAUGUUGGGCUAGAUGGACUGGGCAUGGGACAACUAUUCCAAGCAAUGGCAACUGAAUAUGCAAGCCCUCCCUUUGAAUGACUGGCAGUUCUGCUGUGGUCCCUAAACUAGUCAUCCAUCUUCCUUCCCUAAGGCAAAAACUGCUCUUGCGGGGGGAAGCAGCUAGGAAGAGGUGGUGGCAGUGCUCUGAAUUUAUUGUGAUGCCAGAUUAUUUAGAGUUUUUUGUGCCAAGUGCCUUUUCAACUAUACUUCCUGUCACCAAAGUUCCCACUUGUGUGUAUGAUAUGAGGCCAUCAUCCCUAUCAUCUGUUACGGGAUUUAGAUUUGAGUGCAGCAGAUUUUGUUGAAAUCCUAUGCUCUGCUGUGGUAUGGACAGUGCAGGAGUUGAUUCUUGGGCACUGAGUGGAAGGGUGUUGAUGCUCUACCUCACCUCAUUUGGGAAUGUAAUUUUAGUUGGUAUGGUGGCUGGGAGUGAAAUCUGAGCGAGUUUAAUACUCAGGCUAAGGCUGCUCCUUCCCCAGGGAGUCCAGAUGGGUCAGCAGAGGCUACAUGGAACCAAUGCAGAACUCUGGCUAGUGUGAAGUUGAGCACAGGAUUCAACUAUUAAUUUUUCCAAAACAUCUACAGUCACAGUAGUAGGUAAAAAUGAACAUCUUUUCUUGAAAUGUUGUAAUAAAAGCAGCAAGAAGGCUGAGCUUUUGCUCCCUAUGCUGGUUUACUUUUUCUUAGAUGAAGCUAUUAAAAUAAUGGGAAACAUCUAUAGUAUUUUUUUAUUAAAGCAUUUUACUCUUUUAAUUUUUAUUUUAUCCAUUUUACCACAGUUCUCCCCCCUCAGGGGAAGUGGAUUUUCUCACAGUCUCUUACCAGCUGCAAGAAAAUGCCAGGAAGCAACUGACUAAACAGUGCACAUAAAAUUUAAGUGAACAAAUUAGAAACAAUACUUCACUAAUUAAACAGAACCAAUGGGAAGUGCAAACAUUGGGAAAUUCAAUUUAAAAAUCCUAGGCACCCUUCUGACAUGGAUAAACAUUGCAUUUGUUAAACAGCAGUCUUCUCACCCGCCUUUAUGAAGCGUCCCAUGACCCAACACUUAAAGCAUUUUUCUACAGUAUUGCUAAUUGACAAUGAAACAUUCAUAGUAAUCCACUGUGUACAUUCAGGGAUUUUGUCUGUUUUAUUUUUAAAGAAGCAGGUCUUUCCUGAUGUUGAGAAAAUUAAGUUCUGGGAAUAAUUUGAUCCAGCAGCAUUUAUUAUGCAUCCUUAGAUGUAUAGUACAGGCAGUUUACUACUGUUUUAAUAUGGAAACUUGAUACUGGACUCAUUUCAGUCAGUGCUGUAUCGACCAGUUGUAGUUCCAAAAAUCUCUGUGAAACUGAUAGUAAAAAUAUCGGUAGGAGUGGUUCAAGGAUGGAGAGACGUGUCUUUUAUGGUGAUAAUUGGUUGAAAUACCCUUUACUCAUGAGAAACACUGCAUCCAUUUAUGGAAUGGAAAUGUGACGAUCAUAUGCACACUAAUCAGACAAUCUUCCAUAGCAAUCUGUGAAUUAACUGAUGACUUUAAGUGCUUACGGUGCUAUCAUAGACUAUGAGAAACUUGUCUUCCAAUAUCUGUUUAAAGUAAAAAAUGUGAUCGAUGGUCCCACAUAUAGCAUGGUAUUGAGAAAGGAAACGCUGUGUGGCAGCUUAUCCACUCUCUGCAGCUGAUCAUCUGCAACUCUCUUGAGCUGUUAGCCAUUGAUCCAUCUAGCUCAGCAGUGUCUACUCAGAUGGUGGCAGCUCUCAAAAGUCACAGGCACACUUUCCGCUGUGGUAGAACCUGCAAAGCAUGCCUUCCUUCCACCACUCAGCAAAGAACAUGGCUUGGUUUACCACUGAGCCAUGCCAUAUAACUGAUAUCCAUGUGGUUCACACAUUCAGGCAUUUCUUAUGUAGUGCUUGCCAGUGUCACACGAGUGAGUGAUGUAGGCUGUGACCUCAUCCUAAUCCAGAUGCUAAAGAUGAAAGGAGAAGUGGAAUGAAGGAAAUGGGCUAUUAUCCAAAACAAGACACAUAAGUGAACAUAUUAAGACAAACUGGGAAAUAACAUUUGAUUGUGACAGAACUUGAAAUAAUUGCCUCUGAUAUUAGUACAGUGGUACCUCGGUUUACGAACUUAAUCCAUUCCGGAAGUCCGUUCUUAAACUGAAACAGUUCUUAAACCGAGGCUUGCUUUCCCUAAUGAGGCCUCCCGCCACCGGUGCCCUUCCACCAUUUGGCUUCCAUUCUUAGACCGAGGUAACGUUCGUAGACCGAGGUAAACUUCUGGUUUUGCGGAAGUUCGUAACCUGAAUCAUUCGUAAACAGGGCUGUUUGUAAACGGAGGUACCACUGUACCAGAAUAACACAGUUAAUAAAACCAGGAAUACAACAUGGGACUGAUUUUGAUGUUUAUUCCUGCUUCUUUUUUAGAUUCCACCUCCUCAUUUCCAAAAACCUAGCAUUUCAAUACUGCGUGCCCAGAAGGUGGAUAAUAUAAGAUGUGAACUUCAGGAGAAACAUGAAUUAGACUUCCAGAAAGCUCUAGUCAGCAUCAAAGAGCGUGUGAAAGAAAUUGAAGGUCCUGACAUCAAAGAGAGCCUCCAGGACCAGAUCCGCCAGUGGUUCAUUGAAUGCCGGUGAGGAACUAGCAGAUUUAUAUAUAUUACCACAGCAACUACACUUGUCAUUUUAUCUAAUCCCAUUGGAACUGCUUUUGUUCAUUUUACGGUUUUGGAGAAACACGUUAUUCACUUGUAGAUUAUUAGGCCAUCUCAUUUCUUUGCGUCAUCGUUACUUCAUGAGCCUAGAGUUGCUCAUGUUGUAGGAACUCUGGUUCAGAAAUCUACAGCAGCAGAUUGCUUUUUUGCUUUUGCACAUGUGGAUCUACACUCCCUGCUUCCCUGCAUAAAGGGGGAUUUGGUGCAAUCAUCGCUUCCUAGCCCCGCACACUUGCUUAUUUACAGGUUUCUAGUACUACUAGAUUGGGUUGCUGUCCUUCCUCUAGCAGGUGAAGGCCUUCUUGUUCCAACAGGCUUUGGGGAACUGGCUGCUUUUGAUUAAAUGGUUGGUGCUGUGCUUGUUUGUAUUGUAAUUGUUGGUGUGUUUAAACAGAUUUAAUUGUAUUUUAAUGAUAGGUUUUUCUAUAUUUGUAGCAGUUCUUGUUUUCAUCUGUAAGCUGCCUUGAGUCCUCUCGGGGAAAAAUAUGGGGUAUAAAUCAAUAUAAAUACAGUCCUACCUUGGUUUUCAAACGCCUAGUUCUCGAACGUUUUGGCUCCUGAACACCGCAAACCUGGAAGUGAGUGUUCCGGUUUGCGAACUAUUUUUGGAAGUUGAAUGUCUGACACGGAUUCCGCGGCUUCUGGUUGAGUGCAGGAAGCUCCUGCAGCCAAUCGGAAGCCACGCCUUGGUUUUUGAUCGUUUUCGAAUGUCGAACGGACUUCCGGAACGGAUUCUGUUUGAGAACCAAGGUACCACUGUACCAAUACCUACUGUACAAAGAUACAGUCUCCACUGGUCUUUUGCCUCUCUACCCACAUUGGCUAAAAGAAAGUUUGUCCCCGCCCCCCAUGUGCUGAAUGCAACACCGUGUUAGGGAUUGUGAACUGCAGUCUGACUGCAGAAGUUACUAUGAUCAAUUCUUCAAAAUAGGUCAGUCUUCACCGGUUCUGAAGAGUUAAGCAUUAAGAUGCUCCCAUUGUAGUUAAAGCAACCCAAAGUUCUGUAGAAUGUCGGGAUUUAGAUAUAUCUGAAGGGGAAUCAAAACAUUAAUCAAGUAAACACUGGGCCUUUUGGAGAGCGACUCAGCCAGAUUCACAAUCAAGGCCUUAACCCAUCCUGUGGCCUCUGGCUAGAACACAUUAGUCUGAAUUUCAUGGAGGAUUUAUGUGUUUCUGAAGUGCCCUGGGGAACUCUAAAUUGGCAUUCCUGACCUAAUAACAGAGGAUCUAAGUAAUAGUAGCUUUCAUGUACAUACUAUGCAUUAUUCUGACAAAUGUAGAUUAAUUUUUUAGAUGGAGAAGAAAGAAAUGCCCUUUCAGACUAGGUUUAAAUGGAUGGCGGGCCAAGUGCAAUGUCAACAAGCUUUCAGAGGUUUGUGGAAAGCGGGAGUCAGAUGGGGAGAGGAAGUGGAGGAUGGAGACAAAAGAAUGUUUUCCAUAAUAAAAUAUAAAAUAAUAGUGCUUGUGUGCUGAUGUGAAUUCUGUAUUUCUUUUCACCAUACUUGUACAUUCUUGGUCCAAAGAUAAAUGUAAUAUUAAGUAUAAGUGCUUGAUACUAUCUGAUUCAAUCAAUCCAUAGUUCAGAGAGUUUAGUAAUGUUUUCUUUUACCAAGUAUUUGUUUUGUCUAGGAAAUAAGCCCUACUAUAGCUUCACACUUGUGCAAUUAAAUCAAGUUUACUGUCUUUUUUUCCUGUAGUGGUAAUAAGAUGUUUUUUAAAGCAUGUAGCUUUGAGCUUUUUCUUUUGCAUUUUCGCCUUCCCACCCCCACAUCCCUCUCAAAGUAUUUUUACCCUUCCCCCUAUAAUUUACCCCCUUAUCCUUUCAUACUUCAUUUGUGCCUUAGUCUUCAUUCCACCCUGCAAUGGCCAGUUUCUUUCAUCUCCUCUCUGGCUGUUGUGCAUUCACUUCUUCCCUCUGUAAGAGCUUUCCUCUAUUACCACCUUAAUUUCUAAUCCUCCUUGCCACCUUUUCUUUCCCAUUUCUCCUUCUCCUCCUCCUCUUACCUCUCCUUUUAUCUCACUUUCUAAUUUCCCUCAAUACCUCCUAUGGCUCUUUCCUCUCAGAGAAGGGAAAACUUUCACUCCACCCCCCCCAGAUAUCUUGGCGCCUUUACCCACCAAAGAAGGAAUUCUUGGUUCAGGAAUUGGUCCAACCCAGAGCUAUAGCAUAGCUUGGAGGUAGAGGCAGAUAAGUGAGGAGGAAAAGUAGGCAGUGCUUGCGAAACCCCUGUUCUAGGGAGCAUUCUUAGUUCAUGUGGCGUGGCUAUGAAGCCCGGUGAGCCUGGUGUCAGCAGUCAUCAUAUUGAAGCACUUGCCAAACCUCCAGACUGAGAGUGCCGCCCACUUGACUGAGAAACAAAGGAAAAGACUGUAGAACUGUAGAGUUGGAAGGGAUCCUGAGGGUCAUCUAGUCCAGCUCCCUGAAAUGCAAGACUCUCAACUAAGGCACCCACGACAGAAGACCACCCAACCUCUGCUUAAAAACCUCCAAGGAAGGAGAGUCCACAACCUCUUGUGGGAGCCUGUUCCACUGCUGAACAGCUCUUACUGUUAGAAAGUUCUUCUUGAUGUUUCAUCGGAAUCUCCUUUCCUGUAAUUUGAAGCCAUUGGUUUGGGUCCUGGCCUCCAGAGCAGGAGAAAACAAGAUUGCUGGGGACAGCCAUUCAGAUAUUUGAAAAUGGCUGUCAUACCUCCUCUCAAUACAGUGGUGGCCCGCAAGACGAAUGCCUCGCAAGACGAAAAACCCGCUAGAUGAAAGGGUUUUCCAUUUUUCAAUGCGCUUCGCAAGACGAAUUUCCCUAUGGGCUUGCUUCGCAAGACGAAAACGUCUUGCGAGUCUUGCGAUUUUUUUCGCUUUUCCCCCCCUUUUGCUAAGCCGCUAAGCCUUUAAUAGCCGCUAAACCGCUAAUAGCGCUAAUCCGCUAAGCCGCUAAUAGGGUUGCUUCGCAAGACGAAAAAACCGCUAGACGAAGAGACUCGCGAAACGGAUUAUUUUCGUCUUGCGAGGCACCACUGUAUCCUCUUAUUCAGAAUAAACACAUCCAACUCCCUCAACCAAUCCUCAUAAGGCUUGAUUUCCAUAUCCUUGAUCUUCUUGGUUGCCUUCCUCUGCAAGUAUUCCAGCUUGUCAAUAUCCUCCUUAAAUUGUGUUGCCCAGAACUGGACAUAGUAUUCCAGGUGUGGUCUGACCAAGGCAGAAUAGAGUGGUACUAUUACUUCCCUUGAUUGAGACACUAGACUUUUCUUGAUACAACCUAGAAUAGCGUUAGCUUUUGCUGCUGCAUCACACUCUUGACUCACGUUAAGCCUGUGAUCUACUAAGACUUCAAGAUCCUUUUCACGUGUACUACUGGCAAUCCAGGUGUCCCCCAUCUUAUAUUUGUGCAGCUGGUUCUUCCUGCCUAAGUGUGGAACCUUACAUUUGUCCCAAUUGAAAUUCAUUUUGUUAGUUUUCAUUUUGUCCCUCCUCAGAUAUAUCCUGCUUGGUCUCCUUGCAGUCCCUACAUUUCAGAUGGGUACAGCUGUACUGGUGUGGCUGGGUACCACUAGGAAAUAUAAAUCGCCCCAGAGGCCCCUACAGUGACACUGAGCAGUCUUACAUUUUGCAAACAGCUCAAGCCAAAAAGAGCACUAGGCAUCUGGCUUGCCCCACCCUACUGGGUGAGAAGCAAUGUCCUUCGUAUUUGAAGUAGGAUGAGUGAUGACACAUGAAGGCAUAUUUGAAGGAGACCCAUUUUCACGUGGACAUCCCAAAAUCUGGAGUUGGCACUGUUGGCUGUGCCACAUAUUGACCAGUAAUCGUCUAGCAUUUUCUUCAUGGGCAAUUCCUUAGCAGACAAUUUGCGUGGAAAGUGUUCUCUGAAUGUAGAAAGUUUGAAAAUGAUUGUAUUAUUAAUCAUUAUAGGAAAAGAAUAAAUGCCUGGCUAGAUAAUGCAUUUCUUGAUUAAUAGAUAAGCAGUCAAAACAAAUGGCUAAGCGUGUUGGUCCACUGAACAGAAGAGAAGUAUUUUAGGGGGAGCAGAAGGAACAGACUGAAGGUUAGGAGAGCACUGUAAAGAAUGAACACAUUGAAGAGGGAAACAUCUAAGAAUUGCUUUGCAGGAAAAUUUUACUCAAUUUGAAACCUGAAAGAUAUAUUCAAUUGUUGUUAGUUUAAUUGUAUAACCCUUUUCAUACCAUUAGAGUGAAUCAUGUUUAUUUCCAAAAAGAAGGUAGUUAAGCCCAUAUGUAGUCAAUCUGUUUUAUUGAGUGCUGUGGGAUUUACAGGAGGCCAGAGACACUGAUGUAGCUUCUGUGCAAUGGCAAAUGUUGCCUACUUUAGUCUAGACAUAAAUAUAUGGGGUUUCCGACAGUAAUGGAGGCAGCUUGGGGGCUUAGGAGAGGAUCAGCCAGAAGCCCCUGUUUCUUACAUUUUCUGUACUUGAUUAAACAAAUAGAAAAAGUUAUUUUGCAGUCAUAUAGCCUGUUGAACACCAGAGUCAAGCCACCAGAUACAAUAUUUUUCCUACUGCAUUAACGUUUACAAAAUUUGAAAUGCUGAGUUGUGUCACCACAACAGUUGUAAAUAGUUUCUUGAUUUUGCCAUUCCAUUAAGUGUUUGAAAAUGAUCACAUGUCAAUUUUUAAGCAAACCAGAUUUUCACCUCCUGGACUAAUAUGCAGAUUAUAAUACUGUUAUCAUUUGGAUUUUUCACUUCUCUGAAUUUUGUGACGUAGUUCUCAGCUCAAAAAAUUGUACCAAAAUGCAUAAAAGCAUGCAUAGAAAUGCAUACAUUAAGAUUAAAUGUGUAGUUACCGGUAAAUACAGUGGUACCUUGGUUUAAGAACAAACUGUCUUAUGAACAAACUCAAGUAAAACUGACAUGGACCCAAAAUAGGGUAAAUGUCCAUCCCUGGAGAAAUCCAGGGCUGCCAGGUCACCUGAGGCUUUCACAUGUGCUUUUUCCUGGAGUUGACAUCCUUUGUUUACUCACUUGCUACAGUGCAUCCAGACAAUAUCAGCCCAUUGAAUUCUGCUGUUUUCUGUGUUGACUCCUGUGGUUUUUCAGAACUCAUUUCUUGUGUGAGCUGGGUGAAUUGUAUUACAAUUGCAGCACCAGCUUGUCUAGUUGGGGCAGGCAAAGUAGUAUUAAGGCCUUUAAUUGCUGCUUUGCCUUUUAUUAAACACUUCAAGUCUGCCCAUUUUAUUGCUUCCUGAUGAGUGUGGGUGGAGGUUUAAGUGAUGAGCAACUUGUAAAUUGCCCCUUGAAUAGUGUUAAUUGCCACAACUUCGGUCUAGGGUUUGUUUUGUUUUGUUUGAUUUGUGUGUGGGGAAGGCAUUGAUUAUAGUUUUCAUCUCUUCUUUUUUUUCUUUCUCUGUUUUUAUAACAUUGAUUAUACAACCACAACUUCAGCUGAUAGGUGGUGCAUUUCCAUGUUGUCAAUGCUUAGCUAAGGUUGUGUCUCUUGUUUUGGGGAAGUUCCUGUAAAAAGUAGAUUUAUCCUGGAGACCUGUGCUGUUGGUUUAACCUGCAGAUCUCUAAAGAAGACUUCUAAGCAAGUAUUACAAUCACUAAUUUUGCAUUUUCUUUAUUCGGUGCUGUAGUGAAACAGUACAUAUCCAGAGAUGAACUGGGGUUGCCAUAAUUCUAGCCAACCUGGAACAGCAGCAACUGAAAUCCUUUUCACGCAUUCAAUGCUGAAUGCACAGAAUGUGUGUGUGCCCCAGGAAGGGAAUAUUAAAGGCUAGAUGGGUGUUCUCUAAAUCUUUGGAUCCAGGGAGGACCUCUUCAAGAGGGGCUGUACCACCACAUCUUACAAGGCAGUAGAUCCAUCCAGUCAACCUUGUAGUGGACUUUCCCAGCCAUGAUGGGCAGAGAUCAAGAGGGCUAUAUGGUAGGGUAGAGGCUUCUGUAGAGUUGAAAAAAGAUGUGCUGUUUUCAUUCCUAUCUCCUGACACACCCCUGUAUUGUGUGGGGAAAGGUGUUGUUUUUACUUUGAAGCACAGAGCCCUGCAGCCCUAGAUCCCUGAUCUGGCUAAUUCUCUCUCCCAGUUUCCAGUUUUGUCCCUUUUUCAACUGACACUUCAACAUUCCAUAUAUCUUGGAAGCUCACAGAACCUCUGUAGAACAAAUUACCAGCCUUCAAGUCACAUUUGCAAGCAUCUUUGUAAUGCAGCGUUGGUCUGCCAGGGGGCCUGGCAGAUCUGUGUACAGCGUGUCCUUGUGGAUCCUGCCAUCUUCUAUUAGAUGGACAUGACCAAGCCAGCUAGAUGUCACUGGGACAGGAGUGCAAACAUGUUGGGAAUGUGGGCUUGGGAGUGCUCAUCUGUGUUUGAAUCUGCCUUGAAAUGUGAUGCCCAUGGCUCACUUCCAUUAAACAGAGUGCUCAGCACACAAGCCUGGUAUGCCUUCAUCUUGAUAUUGGAUAUUUAUGUUCACAUUAUUUGGAGAGGCAAGCUGUUUCCGUAGCUGCCUUGCCAGUACACUUGUGCAACUCAGCAAUGAUGAAGAGGUUGCUGCUUAUGAUGCAGCCCAGGUAGACAGAAUCAUCUAUCACCUCAAACGUGUGAUCACCAACGCUGAUGUGUGGAGUAUUGGUGGCGUCCUGACCCAGGAUACUGGCCUUUGUCAGGCUGAUGGUAAUUCCAAACUCCCUGCAGGCUUGGGUAAAACAGCUGAUAGCUACCUUGGAGUGCGCUGUCACGGCUGCAUCACCAGCAAACAACAUCUGUAUGUGCAUGUCUGAUUACAGUAGGAAUUGCAUUUCAGAGUAAUGGCACCACUAUGCUAAAAGUCUUUGCUUGUCCGUGGGACAAUCGGGAGAGGUGCUUUGGAUGAUCUUGAGUGUACAGUUGUACCUCGGAAGUUGAACGCCUUGCGACUUGAACGCUUUGGCUCCCGAACACCGCAAACCCGUAAGUAAGUGUUCCAGUUUGUGAACAUUUUUUGGAAGCCAAACGUCUGACACAGUUUACACGGCUUCCGAUUGAGUGCAGGAAGCUCCCGCAGCCAAUGGGAAACCGCGCCUUGGUUUUCAAACGUUUUCGGAAAUCGAACAGACUUCCGGAACAGAUUCCGUUCAAGAACCAAGGUAUGACUGUAUAAGGGACAAGGUGUAUAAGGGACAAGGUGAUAAGGCAACCUGGUCCUAAGCUGUUUUGGCUCUGUGUACUGCAUAACAGCCAAUUCCUAGGGACCAAGGUCUCUUCACCCUCCCAAUAAAAUAUUUGAGGGGGCCAGGUCCCCCCCCAGUCGAUGGUAUUUAAAUGGUAUGGGAGAGCCCCGUCAUGUGAUUGAUUAUGUAGGGUGGGGCUUACAUGCCCCCCAUAUUUUAUUCAAGUUGGCACCCCUGAUUUACUGACAGUAGGACAUGGAACUUAGCUCAGUAUUGCACUGGGUAUACACAGCUUUCAACACCAAUGUAGUGUACUGAUACAGAACUUUCCAACCAGAAGCCGAUCUUCAGAAUUCUGCACUCAGUGCAAUCAACCUAAAGGGCAAUAUCCCAAUCUGAAGGUUACCAGACCAAACGAUCUCUGUCCAUGAAUGGUCAUAGCUGGCAGACCACAUGCUUCUGCAUACCUAGGGAGUCCCCCAAGUAUACAGAAACCUUACCUUAUUUUAGGGAUGCCUGCUUUGACUCCUAAUCAGGCAGUUGAGAUUGCUAUUUGAGGAAACAGACAUGGUAACUACAUGGAUAAAAACACAAAGCUGUCGGUUUCUCUUUUGCAAAUAUGAAAAGUGGGAGCUAAUGAGAUUGGCAUCCCAAGGCACUCUAAUGUGUUUUUUGGACUGCAAAGCUAACAGAGUUUUUCAAUUAGCAGCACUGAUAAAUGGGCUCUCCGCAUUAGACUAGGGCUAGCUUCUAAUUGAAGACAUCUGGUUUAUUUCUCUUCAUCAUCUUUCACACUUCAGAAGUCACAGAAAGCACGCCAAGGUUCUGGGCAAUUUGUAUCAGCUUAUGCUUUGUAUUAGGAAUCUGGAAGGUAUUUGAUCUUCACUGUCCAGCAUCCCUGAAAAAUAAAUAAAUUCAAGAUUACAUUUCUGUAUAACUAAACUGAUAGUCUAGUUUCUCUUUUCUCCUAAGCAUAAUGGUUUAUUUAGAGCAGGCCCCAGAAACAAGAUAGUGUGAAACCAUUGUAACCGCUUUUGUAUAUAUGCUAUUUAUUCCAUUCUUGUUCGAAUAAAAUCACUGUUACCAUGAAUGAAACUUAAUAGUUCUCUUAACAUGCAGUGUAAUGUUCUGAUAUAAUAAUGUCUAGUGUGUGCUAAAAAUUAAGCAUAGGAACAACAGUCAUCUAAUUUUUUUUUAAUGGUAAAUUGCCUUCUCCGAUUUCUUUAGUAGAAAAUGCACUUGUAACCCUCCUUAAUCAAAGUGCCUUCUCAAGCGUAACAGUAAUGUCAUUAGCACAACACUGACAUGAGGCUAAAAAAUGCCUUGCACAAUUCAAAAUAUUGAUUAUAAAAGAUUUAAUCCAGGCAUAAAUUACAGUCACUUGUAAGCAUAGACAAUCUAGAGGCAUAAAUGAUUCUUCAAAAACGUCAGAAAGGAAACCAUUUAGAACAGAAGUACACAGCAGCCUUCAAGAGAAUCAACAUAGCAAAAUAGCUUAUUGUUACUGGCUGUGAGGUAAAUAAAUUCUUGGUUUCAUCCAUAUUUUCUAAAUAAACUGUAUUUGCUGUGCUGGGAAUUUGUGGGUGGGGGGAUUCUUAUAGCAUGCCAUUAGAAUUGAAUUAAUGUUUAAGUUAGUUUAGUUCACAUAUCAUAUUAAGCCAAACUUCGAAUUCUGGUAAAUUUGCUUAUGACCUGCAUUAAAAUAUAGGCUGGACUUGGUGGCACAAAAAUAAAUUUUCAGUGGGCUGAGUGAAGGUUAUGUGUUAGUGACUGAAAAGCAAAGAAAUCCAAAAUUGCACAGUUCUUUUCAUUUCAUCACAAUGUUGUGUUCUUGUAAAAAAGAAAGGAAGGAUCUAACAUAGCCAGUUUCGAUUGUUUUUUCAGUGCUUAGGCUUAUAGUUUGUCCAUUAUUUGUGUGAGGUAGUCAGAGGUGUGAUUCAUGACAGAAACAUUUAUGACCCUAGUCCUGACCCCAUCCUUGGAGGCCACUGCAAGCAAGCACCCAUGGCAACUUCUCCAUCAAAUGCCCAUAGUCCAUAGCUCAGUGAAAUUAUGCAGUCGAGUUUCCUGCAUUUGGGGAAAUCGCAGGGAUCACAUAUUGCAGCCGAAGUUCUGAUCCCUGGCAUCUUACCUCUGGCAGCAGUAGCCAAUGAUCUAGGUCAGUAUAAGACGGCUUUCUGUGUUCAUAGCAUAGCUUAGCAUGCAAAUCUUUCAUACCUUAUGAACACUCCACAAAAUGUGGAAAAGCGAGAGGAUUUUCUGACCUCAUUUCCCUUUGCCUUUUGGUUGGCUUCUGGAGAGGCCAGCUGCUGUUCAUUUGAGCCUGGCUUCUCCAAUUGUUGAUAUCCCCAAUAUCCCUUUCUUACUUGAUAACAUCAGACUGAAAUCUUAACUGCUGCACUUUCUGGUUUUCCAUCUCGGGAAUGGUUUGGAUGUGUCAGAUGCUUUCUUAAGUCGGUUCUUUAGUGAAUGACAGAAUUUCAGAAAUUUCUAGUCUCUUGCAGUUUAAUAGUGCAGGCAUGUAGAAUUGUUCCCUUUUUCGGUGUUUCAGAAGCCAGAUGUGAAACACAUCACCAUAACUAGGAUGCUUUUAUAAGUUACAGAUAUUGGGUUUCUCCAUUUGUUCCACACUUUCUCCUCCUCCAUGUAAGGGGCAAAGCAGACAAUGAUAUCACAGGCAGGGUGGGGGGUGAACUUUGCUCUCAGUUUGAGUUCAGUCGCUAUGUGUGCCUAUUCAAAAUCAGCAGCAGAGAUUAUGAGGUCUGGAAGCAGUGAUUUAAGCCACGAAGCAAUAAAUUGUGCAGAAUCAUUCUCUUCCGCUCCUUCUUCAAAAAAAACCCAGAAAUGUAGAAAAUCAAAAUAGGAGAAUCAAUUUGCAUCUUCAAACUUGUUGCAUAUAUCUCUCUUUUCAUUCUUUGAUCUUUUUGUCAUGGAUUUGGCUUAAUUCUUUUGUUGCUGUACAGGCAGCCUCCUGCUUACUCAGGGGUUACGUUCGGAGGUACCUUGUGUGUCGGGGAAAUCAUGUAAAAUUGAAACCCAUUGGAAAGCUGCAAGCAUCCCGUCCCAUCCCCAGCCUGCCCCCAUUCUGCCCUUUUAGUGACGUUUCAGUGACGUCUUUAUGAUGUUUCUGGGUCACUUCCGGGUCCGGCCUGAUGCACUUACACAUGGUUGCGCACGUACUGAACAUGCGUAAAUGGGGGGGGGGCUGCCUGUAGUUUCUGUUAAAGAGUCAAGCCCUGUGUUGAGUUCUGCCAACUUCGUUUCCAUUGGGAGCAUUCGCUCUUUCCAAGUGUUUUCAAUAAGCUCCUUUAUGGCUUCUUGUUGUGCUGCAAACUCUUCCCUUUAGAUAUUCUUACCAUUUUCUUUCUCCAAAGAGGAAGUAGCCUCUUGAGGGCAGUGCCAUCUUCACUGCCGCCUGCGUUAGUGUCCUUGAAUGCAUUAGUGUUUUUUGAAUAAGAUCUUUUCUUUUCAGCUUUUUGGAAUCCUUUUGCUUAGCCCUCUCUUUUCUUCAAGGUUUGGGGUUUUCUUAGACAGCAGGGGGCUUUCAUUCCAAGCUGUUUUUCUGGGCUUUGGAGCAUAGCUUAGAGUUUAAGCAGCCCUCUUCUUUCCUUCACGUGCCCCUGAGUCUCGGCCUUUAUCAGUCUUCUCCAAGGAUUCACUCUUCUAUAUUAAGGCUGCAGCCCUAGACUUACUACUCAGGCGGACAUUGCAUUGAAUACAGUGGGACUUAUUUUUCUGAGCAGACGCAGGUUUUUGUGGCCCCUGGGCCCUUCUGAAGCAGAAGGAGGAUUUUGUUGCUCAAACAUUCAGUGCUAUAACAAUCCCUCCUUCCCAAACCGUUUUUAUUAUGUAAUAAAAUUAUGCAAUAAAAACAAAAAUAAAUAGAAUUUGCCUCAUAACUGGUUAUAAAGAAUGACUAAAAGGUGGGAUUUUGAAACACAGAGCCCAUUACUCCCCAGAAAGAUUGACUGUGCUUCUUACAUUGCACAGUAAUUUUUCAUGUCUUGUUUCAUAACAAAUCUAACAUUCCUUAUAAUCUUGAAAAUGAGUGCAGCUAUCCUUAUUCUCAGAAGAACUAUUUGACAGAGCCCUUUAGGCAAUUAGGGAGAGGAAUUAUGGCGAGAGGGAGAAGGGAGCAGCACACGUAAAGCCAUGCAGAAAUAUAGAGAUUAGGUAGUACACAGUUGAGUCUAUUACUAGGGAAAUGUUUAGGUUAGAGUUGUACUGACAUAAAUCUCCAUCAGUACCGCACUUUGAAGGAUACAGAGAGUAAGUUUUAAACUGAGAAUGAUUUGCAAAAAGGUGGGUAGGGAGAAGUCUGUUAGCUUUAUUUGGGGUGUACAGUGUGCAGCUCCUUUGUGUAUUUUGACACAAUUAAUUCACUGCAUAUCUUAACUAAAAUAAUUUGGAAUUCUUAGCUGUCUUUAGGGCAUUUUUUGCCAAUUACACUUGAGGGUCCAGGUAAAUAAUAUGCUUUAAAAAACACAUACACAUUUAACUCAGUUCUAACCAAAUUUCCAAGUAACUCAUAAGCAGAAUGAAACAGCUACAUACAGGUAAGGGAGGGGAAAGUAUUUGGAGGGAAAUAUAGCAUACCAGCUUAUUUCACAAAGUGAAGACCACUCCAUGUAAACAUUGGAAUUUUGUUUUACAAAACUGUGAAUAUGUACAUCUUACACAGAGAAUUCCUCAUAUCUUUACCCAAAAGAGUCUCUGUUAUUCUAUCUCACUGUGCUUUUCAAUUUAUAAAAGAGUGUGUUUUGAAAUAUUUGUUAUAUAUGCUUGUGGCAGAGCCAGACAUUCACUCAUGGGGAACUCUGUUGCCUCCCAUUGUUUGAAAUAUUUUAUAGCUCCAUCUUAUUUGCCCUCAACUGCUAUUUAAUACUUUCCUCCCUCCCCACUCCUUGCUGUCAAAUAUUCCUUCCCUCCACCCCAAUUUUGUCCAUCUGACACAUACUGUAAACACUUCAAGAAGCAUCUAUUUCUGCGCACUGAACCCUGCAGGGGCUGGCCUUAGCUAUUUCAGACUUUGUGUGGCAGAAAACCUGGCUUACGCUGCAACCCCAAGCAGUGCUUUUCUUCUAGGAAAAAAGGUGCCAGUUCUCCAGAAAGAAAGCACGGAUCCUAACCAUGUCUUCUCAGAAAUAAGUCUCAUUUACCAGUAUUUCCGUGGGAAUUCCUCCCAGGUAAGUGAGGUUAAGAUGGCAGCUUUAGCCACCAAGGCUGCUUGAACACAAUCGUUUGUUCGGUUUUUAUUAUGUUUCCAUGAUUGUUAAUUUCAGCAGUAUAUUUGAGCUUUCACAUUAUUUAAUGCUACUUUGUAAAUAUAGCAAAAUACAGUGCAGGUUUAGUAUUCAUGUGAAAGCUCAAAUAUAAUGGGAAAUUAAUGUUAGGGAAACAUUGGGAAAACGUAUAUGAAUGCAGCCAUGAAAAAUCACAGGUAAUCACAGCUCCCUGACAUAUAUUUAUAUAAUGCAAGUAUUUACAAACCUCUAUUUGCCAUAUUCACACUGACUUUAUAAUUGUAUUCAUGAAACAGCCUGGAUGUGAAAAUAUAAUGUGUGAACUGAGAGUACUUUGUAACAAUUCAAGGGAUUUCCAACUUUUCCGUGAGUUGCACGCUGUUGCACCUUUUACUGUGUAUUUUAUUGUUAGCCAUAUUGGGCAUCCACACAGAAAGGCAAGAUACACAUUUUAACAAAUUAAUAAUAAAUACAACCAAUGUUGAAUUUUCAGAACCUUUUUAUUUAUUACAAAUUCUUUGAGUGAACCCCCCCUCCUUCCACAGAGAGAUCCUUCUGCUACUACAUACAAUUUUUGGAGAUCAAUUCAACAUAUGCUGCAGCCAAACACCCAGGAUUGAGUAUUGCUUGGGUUCCCUCUUUUUAGUUCAGGGAUCACCAGGGGUGGUACUUCAGCAGCACCUUCCUAUUGGACAAAGAGGAGGAAGGGCCAGUAAAUUAAGUUGUUUUACCUGUGGUGGUGUUGUUGUUGUUGUUUUAUUUUAUUAUUAUUACAAAUAACCAUAUUUUAAUUAUUUUUUAUGUAUUUCCUUUAUUUGUGACUCACUAUAUUAAAUGUUUGCAAGUGACUUACAGCUAUAAAAGCAUACAGAAUACAAAAUUUUACAAAAAGUUCAAAAAGGGGAAUGAACAUUACUGACUAAAAGUGGUCAUCUUGUAAUAACAAAAAAAAAGGAUGAAUACAAGCCAUAUUCUUCCAUAAGGACAUAUUUACAUAGUUUUAAUUGUAUGCCACCUUCCCAUAGUUCAAACCAUGUUCAAGGUAGCUUACAACAGGAAAAAACCUCAUAAUUUCAAACAUAACAAAAAUAGUCAUAAACCAUAAAUAAAACAUCAAAAAGUACACAAUCAAAUCAAACAAUUUCCAUGUACAUCAUAAAAAUAAAGAUACAUAAAUUAAUAUAAAAUAACAGCAACAACCCCACCCCAGCAAAAGCCCCUAAACAGCACCCCAGCCCAAGAGUCUGUUCAGCAGCUUUAGCUUUUGUAGCUGGAGUCUGUCAGGUGGGCAAAGGCUAGCAAGGCAGGGAGCAGGUCUUCUCUUCCAGGCCUCACAGCCAAGGUGCCCUCUGGCUACCUUGAGUCAAGGCUGUGAAAAGUAUUCCCAAUGCCCUCCAGUUGUACUGGCAAUUACGGUAAUUAGGUCUGCCUGUCUGCAAGUCAAUAUGUACAUACCUGCGUUUUCUGCAUUCUGCAAGCCACACUCUGUAGAGGUCCAUAUGUUUAUUGGAUCAGAGGUUAUGGGAGCAAUACAGCUUUAGAACUGCCAGACUUGUGCCACCUCACAACUUGAUUGAACCUGGGAUGUUUGCCACAACCAAGUUUCAUGCGUGUUUCCAUUGUAAGGUGGCUGCAAUGACGAAAGGGGCAUACCAAUCUAAUUUUAGAAGCAUUCUUUCUCUUCAAAGUCUUCCAGGCACCAGAAAGAGUUUCAGAACUAUGCUCUAAUUGGAGACUAAAGAGUAUGAUUAGAGACUUCCUUGCAAUUCAGUGCUGGGUAUUUUUUAAAAACUGGGAAAGCUCUUUGUAGCUGAAGUACUGUUAAAAUAAUUUAACUUCAUCAUAAUACUAUUAUUUAUAAUGAGAAUAUUUUUUGUUCAUUUGCUUUAAUAAACUGUGACAUAGUUCUUUGUUAUACUACUCACUUUUCUUUGGCAUAGAUUUUCAAAAAAUACUUGAAUGUUGUUACAAAUUCAGUUCUUUUGAGACCUACAGUAUAAUUGUAAACGUGCUUGCUUACAGGUGAGUCCCAAGGAAUACAGUAGGUCUUAUGUGUCAAAGUAGUCAUAGGAGUAAAAAACGAAAGGAUUGUAUCCAACUAAGUUAUAUAUAAGUAGACCCAUUAAAAUGAAUGUCCCGAAAUCAAUCAUGCCUGAAUAGGACUAGUAUUGGAUGCCACCCAAAGAGGGCAACUUCUCUGUACACUAGAGGCAAAGAGAGAAAAAGUGCUUAUUUUGAAUGCUUUCAGUUAAUCUGCUACACCCUAACAUAGGCUAAAAGUGAGAUAGAACGAUGGCUAAAAGAUAUUCGGAUUCUUGCUUAUGUGAACAUAAGGAAUUAUUUCAGAAAGUCAGUAUUGAAUCUACUGCCUUUGGAACAAUUCUGGCUUCUCGGAACAUUUAAACCCUAAUGAUCACUGUCUCUUAUGUGCUGUUCUGGGGGUAUAGCUAUGCAGUGCCAGGACUCCUGCAGACCUGAGGAAAGUGUGGAUCAGUGUCCCUGGCAUUAUCUACACUGGGCAAUGUUGUACAAAACUCCUUUUAAGGUGGAGCCUUUUGGAGAGUAAUGGUUCCCAAAUUUUCUCUUUAACACUAAGUUAGUAAAUGAGCAUCAUAGGGAGUACGUGUGUGAACCAUGGAAAUAUGAGAAGUUUCUUUGGCCCUCUGAAACUGAGCCUUUUUUAUUGGAGAUAACUGUCCUGAGUUAAACCAUUAAUAAGUUGGCCUUGUUGUUGUUGUUGUUGUUGUUGUUGUUGUUUAGUCAUGUCCGACUCUUCGUGACCCCAUGGACCAGAGCACGCCAGUCACUCCUGUCUUCCACUGCCUCCCGCAGUUUGGUCAAACUCAUUAAGUUGGCCUAGCAGAAUCUAAAAAGCAGUCAUAACUGCAAUAAAUUACAAUCACAGCCUUAAAACAACCCCAGAUAUUAAAUAUACAUUUUAGGCUGCAAAUAAUUUUUAUUACUGCAUUUUGAGAACAGGAUAAUCCAGUUGAUGCCCCAACAUUGGGCAGGAUCCAGCAGGCGCUGUGGCCAGUGAAGCCCUCUGCCUCGAGCUUGCUUGUGCUUGGCACAGGCACACAACACAUACAGUUCACAGUGGGAGGUCAGCACCAUGUUCCUCUUCUCCUCAGUUUCCCGAACCUCAACAUUACUCUUGUUCCAAAAAGGAAGAGGGCUUCUUUGUGCCCUACAUUAUUGAUUUACAAAAGGUAAUUCAGCCUUCUCUCUGCAUUGAAGUUCUUUAUCAUCUGCACCUAGCUCUUUGGAACAUAUUUGCAAGGUCAGGAUGUAGUAGAGAACAGCAUGUCAGCCUUUGCCACUGCAGAGAUUCAGCUGGUGUACAUAUGUUUAAAAUUUGACUAAUUGCAUAAUGUUGAGGCACAGUGCAAUGGAGCAUAGCGCAGAUGUACAGAGCCUGAAACCAGUGCCUCGUGCUGGACCAUCUUUCCCCACAGAGGACAUGACAGAUUAAUAAUGGGAACAGCUGAAACUGCUAAAGAAUUGACUGGGGGGCAAUCAAGGGCUUCAGUGAGUCAUUAGUUAUGCUUGUUUUUAACAACACAUUUCUCUCUAAUGUGGCCUAAAUAUGAAGCAAGCCAAAUCAUCUGUACUUCAGUUCUAGUGCCAAGUGCCAUUUUUCAAAUGCAUGCAUUGAAAGGCAGUAAAAAAAUAAAAAAGAAUAAUCUGGCAUGACUUUUAAUAUUUAAGUUAAAUACAAAAUUGGAUCUGUACCUUAUAUUUGUUCUUCUUUGUUAGAAAUAAUUCUGUAUGUAAAAACCAUUUCCCCCGUCAUGUUAAAAAAAAUCUGGGAAAGAAAGAAAGAGACAUUUACUGCUCAGCUGUGGGAUUUACUCUACUAAAAGUUGAAAAUAAGGGAAAGAGAGAUGUCCAUUAUUGGGUGAGAUAUUUCACGUUAAGCAGAUUCUGCCCCUUGUCCAACACUUAAUUUUUAUGGACAAGGAGAACUUUGCAGAACCAAGGGAAUGACUUCAGAAGAAUGAAACACAGAGUUUCAUUUUCCACAUGUCAACAAACAAUUACUGAAAGGUACUGUAUGGCCACUGAGCUUGUCAGAGAAUUUCUGAAUUAGAUGGAACAAUGUAUGAAUGCAAUUUCAGGAAGCUAACUUACAUAAAAAUGUGGUCCAACAUCUCAUUCUUACAGUUUUGCCUCAGUAAUUUAGAAGAUAGGAUGAAAUGCAUGGUACAUAACAGAGUAAGACUUAAUGUAAAUGAUGUUUAGGGCAGUUGCAAGAGAGUGAUCGCAAGAACCCUUUAAGAUGGGAGCAACCCAUCUCCAUUGCAUACAUUUGGAAUAGAGAGAACACGGCUUGCCUUAGAAAGGAGUUGCAUCCAGGUCUUGCGAAUAUAUAGCUGUCUCUACCACAUCACACUUCAUCUCUAGUUAUUUGCUUCACCUGCCCACAUCAAACUGCUUUUGAGUAGGAACACCAUUUUGCUGAUUAGCCAUAUAUAAUUAUCUAACUGUUUUGAAUUAAUACUUAAAAGCAACAUGUGGCUUUGUGCUGUUUUUGAAAUGGAGCCUUUUAUUUCACACAGGCACAUGACAGGAAGAUUUCCGGACUACCCUGACGAAGAACAAGGCGGUUCAGCUGUUCUUUUUGCUGAAAAAACUCCAGAGGAGGUAGCAUUUGUUUCAGACAUAAGGUUAAAAAAGGAUUAUUAUUUAUUCCCUUUUUGAAACAAUGUGUGGUAGGCCCACGGCGUUUCCGUGCGCUGCUCUGGUUCACCAGAAGCGGCUUAGUCAUGCUGGCCACAUGACCCGGAAGCUGUACGCCGGCUCCCUUGGCCAAUAAAGCGAGAUGAGCACCGCAACCCCAGAGUUGGCCACGACUGGACCUAAUGGUCAGGGGUCCCUUUACCUUUACCUAUGGUAGGCCCAGAUUAAUAGUACCAAAUUUGAUCUUACUGGGUUGGAUCCACAGGUGCAGCCAAAAAGGAUAUUAGGAGACCCCAAAUUAAAAUUAAAAUCUCAUCUGGAACUCAGAGGUCUGAACACAGUUGCACUAGGGCUUUUUUAUCCCCCUUACUAACUCAUAUUCUCUUUUUAAAAAGCUUGUUACGUGACUUCUGCAUAAGAGAAUUUGAUUCUGAGGCACUGGUUACAAUUUCUAGACACCAAACAGUUCCACUGCGGAGUCCUUUAAUGAGAUCUGCCAGUCUAGUCACAUGAAGGUUCCACACAUGUAUUAACAAUUUCUGCCACAUUACAGGAGCCAUUCCCCAUCCCAUCCCACAUCUGGAAAGCAAUGCGAAAACCAGCCUAAAGUAUUUCUAUACCCACAGAACGCUAGGCGUGCAAAUCUCCGUCAGGGUAGGCAGCAUGGUGCCUUCCAGAUGUUGCUGGACUCAAAGCUCGCAUUGGCCUUGAGCAUGGACUGAAGGCUGGGGCUCUCUGGGGGCACCACAUUGACUAUCCCUGGUUUAUGCUACUGGCCACACUUCUUCUUCAGCAUGUAACUACGUACAGUGGUACCUCGGCUUACAUACGCUUCGGGUUACAUACGCUUCAGGUUUCAUACACUUCAGGUUACAGACUCCGCUAACCCAGAAAUAGUGCUUCAGGUUAAGAACUUUGCUUCAGGAUGAGAACAAAAAUCGUGCUCCAGCCGCAUGGCGGCAGCAGGAAGCCCCAUUAGCUAAAGUGGUGCUUCAGGUUAAGAACAGUUUCAGGUUAAGUACGGACCUCCAGAACGAAUUAAGUAUUUAACCCGAGGUACCACUGUACUGUGUUAACAUUGCCCCAUGACAGUGUUCCAGAAGUUACUGUUUCUUUGGUAAAGACUAGCCUACAGAAACCCAUGUCAUAAUAAAUCUAUUAAUCUUAAAAGAGCCACAAGAUUAUAUAGUGUCAGCGUUUUGGAAUUUGUUACAUAUAUAGGGACUCUCAGAGUUGAAGAUUUGACACUGGGUGUCCAUAUUUAGGAGAUACAACUGUAGAAAUGAACCUCACUCAGCUGCUGUGACCUUCUAAUUUGUCCACGUCUCCUGGGAAAUGUGGGGUGGGGGGAAGAGAGGGGGGUCGUUUCAUAGUGGAGGGGGAUCUUGCGCUUGGAUCCUGCUUACAGGUUUCCCCAGAGGCUUCUGGCUGGCCAUUGUGAGAACAGGAUGCUGGACCUUUGGCCUGAUCCAGCAGGAUCUUCUUACGCUCUUGUGUUUUUAUUUUUCCUCUGAAAUAAUUAUAAGUGUCAUCAUUUCCAUGUUACGGGUGCGUUGGGGGGCUGAGAUAGCGUCGGCUGCUCUAGACAAGCCACUCUGGUGAAUUUGUGACGGAUGAUAUGUGACCCUGGAGACUCCCAUGUGCAGCUUGGACUAUUGUCUGCUUCUCCAGGCAAAAGAUUCCAGGUGGGAAGGAAUCUACUCAGUUUCUUACUAGAACCCCAGAUCCACCAGGUGCAAAAGACAGGCACUUGGAACUAAAAAUUCUGAGCCUAGAAGUUGGUUUUGAGUACCAGCAUUAAACAGAGCUCACAGCGCUUCCACAGGAAAAUUCAGUUCUGCUCGCCCUCUUCCCCAAGCUUUUUAAAUAAAGGUAAAGGGACCCCUGACCAUUAGGUCCAGUCGUGACCGACUCUGGGGUUGUGGCACUCAUCUCGCUUUAUUGGCUGAGGGAGCCGGCGUACAGCUUCUGGGUCAUGUGGCCAGGAUGACUAAGCCUCUUCUAGCGAACCAGAGCAGCGCACGGAAACACCGUUUACCUUCCCGCUGGAGCUGUACCUAUUUAUCUACUUGCACUUUGACGUGCUUUCGAACUGCUAGGUUGGCAGGAGCAGGGACCCAGCAACGGGAGCUCAGCCCGCUGAGGGGAUUCGAACCGCUGACCUUCUGAUCAUCAAGUCCUAGGCUCUGUGGUUUAACCCACAGCGCCACCCGCAUCCCAAGCUUUUUAAAUAUCAGCAGUAUAAUUUACUUCUUUGGGUGUGGGGGUGGCUAAUCAGAUCAUCAAUUUGAUUUGAUCAGCCAAAGAUCUAUCAGUAGAUCCUGAUCUGCCUUGUGCCCAUUCCUGAUUACUGUUCAUGGAAAGCACUACUUCCCACUCCCUUUUAAGCCUAUAGGCCUUCCUGCAAGGUGAGGCACAUGCCUGUCUUUUCUACCCCAGGCCAGGUUAAGAGUACUUGCUGAGCAACGGGCUGCUGCAGCCUUCCCUAACCUGGUGCCCUCCAGAUGUUUUGGACCAGUACUGGCUAGUUUUCAUGUUACAGUUAUUCUGUGCCAAUAUCUCUAAAGUAAUCUUUUUAGCUAUAGACAAAAAAUGAAAAGGUAUUUUUUAAAACAGCACAGUAAGAAACACGAAUCAGAAAACAGGAGACUGAUAACGAAUCUGAUAGUGGUAGCAAGAACAUUGAUUGCUAAAGGUUCCUUCUUUGGAGGAGUGGCUACAUGAAAUGUUAUGAUUUGAUUGUGAGUAAAAUAAUAGUGAUGGUUCGUUUUUGUUCAGGGUGGGCUGAUCUUUGUGGCUGAACUCUAUAUCAUUUAGCAAGAAAGUAUUUAUUCAAGAUAGCAUAAAGUUGCAAGGGUUAACUAUGUUAUAAAUGUUUGUUACAUUUGUUGGUUUGAUAGCUGGAAUGAAGCUAGUUGUUUUGUUUAGACUCCUUUCUUUAUUCUGCCAGGUGGCUGCUGAAAUAAUUGCUAAAGAAGAAGAAGAACUGAAAAAGAAGAAAAAGAAAAAGGGGAAAAAAGAAAAGAAAGAAAAAGGGAAAAAGAAAAAGCAAGGGAAAGAAAAAGAGCCGAAACCAAAGAAGAAAGAGCAGGCAAGCAGUGCUAAUGCACAACUGUUUUCAAAUUUUGUUGAUUCAAUUAAUGUUGGGUAGAAUCUGGAUGUGAACUAUGUGUACACCCACAAUAAGCUUCUGCUUAGGCUUCCAGCCAGCCUGGAAUAUGAGCCAUAUGGACUCUCAGAGGACCCUUUCUUUGUUUCCCACCCUCCUAAAACUUUCCUCCACUGUGUUAAAUAGUUCCUAAAAACCUUAGGAUCAGAGCAGGCUGUCAGAUUCAAACCUGAGUGCUUUACAUUGCCAUAUAUAAGCACAGGGGAAGAAUCGAGGAGGAAAGCUAUCUGUGUUUCCCUCCCCCCCCCACCUCUCUUUCUCCAUUUCUCCUCUUCCCCAAGUGACAGCUGUCACUGAUAUAAAGAAGCCAAGCAUGAGGAAAGGGGUUGGGAUUUGCAAGUUUAGCCCCACAUCCAAAGCUAUUUGACUCCUCCAGCCGUCACCAUGUUGAGACGUAAUGUUUGCUGUGGAGAGCUUGUUUCACAUGUGAGGGCUUACAGCACAAUCUAGAACCCUGAUUAUCCACCCUUUAAAUUGCAAGGGUAGCCCCUAUGUGUAUUUAUUCUUUUUUUAUUUAACCAGAUUUAUAUACCACUUCAUUAUCAUUAGAGCAAACAGCACACAGUGUGUGGGUUUUUUCCCCAUAUUUUUUUUUCCUAUUUGUGAUCAUUAACAUUGAGUGUUAUGAGAAGACUUUACAGGGUGGGAAAAUCUCAUUUCCUAGAGAAUCCAGGGGCAUCUAAUGAAGCUGAAAGUUGAAAGAUUUAGGACAGGCAAAAGUACUUCACACAGUGCCUAGUUAAACUGUGGGAUUUGCUCUCAUAAGAAGCAGUGAUCCCCACCAACUUGGGUGACAUCAGACAGAUCACAAAGCCACCAAUGGCUGCUAGCUAUGUGAGCCAAGUUUCACCGCUGCUGUCCUCCUUUACACAGAUGAGGCAAUCCUGAUUUCAUACACCCAAUUGGGAUUGCACAGACUGAUGAAUUGGUUCAGCUUGUACUGCAAGAACGAGCAUCUUACUAUAAAUUACCAAAAAACAAAAGUUAUGAUAUUUGGCGAAUCUAAGAAAACUUACAAUUGGUCGCUUGAAGGAAAUACACUGCAGCAAGUAUUCUCAUUUAAUCUCAGUGUGGUCUUUCAGUGGACAGGCAGGUGGUUUGCACAGGUCCAGUCAAGUACUCUUAAUAGCUGAUAGAACUUUAAACGGACUACUACAAUUCCACCGUACAAAAGGGGGUAACUGGGUGCAGUUUUGAACUUUGUAAGACCAGGGUGUUGCCAAAGUUGUUAUAUGGAGCGCCACAACCAAUUUAGAUUCACUGGAGAGAGUGCAAAACAAUUUUUUGUGCCGAUUCCUGCCAGUCCCUACCUCUACAAAAAUAGCACUACUCUGUGCAGAACUGGGUGUAAUGUCCAAUAAAGCCAAACCCCUUAGACUAGGCUUCCUUUUUGGGUUAAAAGCUAUUUUAAAGCAGGUAUCAAAAUCCCUCGUUACACCUUUAGAACACAUGACCCCAAACUCAUGUAAACGUGAAAUUCAAUUUGCUGCCAGGAGGUUGGGACUCUCUGCCUCCUUUCUUGUGUUGCAGGUUUUUGAGACGGUUAAAGCAAAGGCUUAGAGACACCAAGAUGCAAUCACAAACUGCUGAGAUCAAGAUCUGUCAAUCUAACAAAUUGUAUGCUUUUUUUUUUAUUCCAUUGUCUCCAUCCUACCAAGAUAUCUGGUAGAUUUGCCAAAUGUUAAAAUGAGUGUAGCCUUCCUGCAGGCAAGACUAAAUGUCCUUCCGUUAGCAGAUUGGACAGGCCGACAUAAAGGAAUUUCUAAGAAGGAUAGAGUUUGUGGCUGCAACUCUAUGUCAAUAGAAGACAUAACUCAUGCUCUCCUUGAAUACCCUUUUUAUGAUGACCUUAGAAACAAUUGCAUUCACCCAUUGUUAAGAUCGCAGAAGGGAAGGACAUUUCUUGCAAAGACCUGUUUUUUGUUGUCUGAUGUAGAGAGGUAUAUGUACUUUGGAGCAUCCAAAUUUUUUGCCAAGGCUUUACAAAUUUGUGUAAUAAAACUUAAAGGGAGAAUGGGAAAUGGUUUACCCUUUAAAGGUCGGGAAGUAGAAAUAUAAACCACUAUUAUUAGCAGUAUUCUUGUUAUGAUUAUUUUUAAUGCAUGUAAUGGCUGCUCACUAAACACAGUAAAUCAAACUGAACUGAAUCUGUCGGAGGCAGUAAGAGUCUGAAUAUCUUUUGUUGGGAAUGGCAGGUUGAAACAGUGCUGUUCUGCUUGCAAGCUUCCCUCCCAUGGGCACUGAGAGAACAGGAUGGUGAGCUGGUUGGGCCAUUGGCCUGACCCAGUAGACUCUUCUUCUAUUCUUUUGAGCCCCUAAUUCUUUUUACCAGAUCAUAGGGACUCCAAAACACCAGCACCUCUAGCUUUGUUAACCCCAUCCACUCAACCACAGUUUCCAGAAACUGAUGAAGAACAAUACUGAUUAGGUUGGGAAAAGAAAACUUAUCACUUCAUGAAAUAUUAGACAACAAGGACGUCUUCUGGACAUCAGUGCUCCAAUUUCAGCCACCAUGAGAGUGAAAUUGGAGCACUGAUGCCCUGAUGAAAGGAAGUGGAAUCUUGUUGUAUGGGGACCACUGAUACCACCCACUAUUGAUUUUACCUGUUUUGUAACAUCGACUUUUAAUUGUUUGUGUUUUUAAGUUAUUGAGGUCAAGGUUUUAUUUUGUAAAUUAAGGAAGAAGAAGAAGGUUGGAAAAUGUCACCUAGUAAUUUUCUCCCGGUAAUGGAAGCAGGAAACAACAAAUACAAAGGCAAGUAGAGAAAGCAUAGUUAGUGUAAAUGUUGACUGUAAAAUUUAAUGCAUGAUAUUCAGGCAAGUCUGUGGAUCUAGAGUAUACUCCAUUGCUGGGCACAAUCAUGACAGCCCAAAACCAUUUAGCAUGUGCCUAAUUCAACAAAUGAAAAUGUAGGUUGAACAUUCAAGCUUUAAGACAUGCCUAAUGAGAUAAAUUUAUGUGGGUUCUUUACCAUAGGGCUUGUUUACCAUAAUAUGUAAGCAAGACUCCAGAAAUACAAAUUAGGGGGGAAUAUAUAUAUAUAUACACAUAUGCACAUAUACAUAUAUAUAUAUAUAUAUAUAUAUGUUCUAAAUAUGCAUCUGGGGAUUUCAGAGCAGCUUAACAGGAUAUGGUAUGGUGGAUUUCUUCAUCAAACAAUUCCAUUUGUCACGUAGACACGGUGGCAAGAGGAGGGUAGCGUUAAUUUCUUGAGACCUAACUGAAAACAGAUGUGUGCAUAUUUCAAGGAGUUGCCAGUAUAGGAACUCCCACUCCAUUGUUAUAAAAACCGUACAUAUAUUAGAGGAGGCCAGCACAACUUGUGAUCUACCGACCCAAAUAUCAGGCAGCCCACCAGAAGCGUCAUAAACCUGCAUUUCUUGAGCUGGAAAAAAGAGCAGGUUGUCAAGAAGCUGAAAGGCCAGGGUAGGGCUGGAAGGCUGCAUUUGGCUUUGUUAUGAGUCACAGUUUCUAUAAGACUAUGCUGGGAGCUGGGAAAUUGUUUGGUGGAACAAAGGAAGGCAGCUGGUGAAUUUGCCUCUAGCUUAAUUUUCCUGCUUGGGAUGAUUACAUGUGGAAAUACACUAAUGUCCCCAAGCUUUUACUGUUUAAUACAGAGGGUGUGUAAUACUUGAAGUGUUAUCCUAAGUUAGUGUGGGUGUGGGAGUGUACACACACAGAGAUAUAUACAGAUGGGGGUUGUAAAAAGUGAGGUUAGAAGGAAAUGAAAUGCAGUAAAGAUUGUGAUAAUUAAGUUUUUAGCAGAAGUAAUUCAUAGCUGUGUGAAACUGUUGAAUUAUGGUCAAAAGUUUUGGUGCCAUCACGUGUGUACUGACUGAGACAAAGAAUUUUUAGCGUUUUUUGUGUUAACUGGCUUACUAAUGCCGUAAUGUUAGUGUCAUGAAGAACUGUUUUGUGAAUUGGACUUCUGGGGAGGAAUCAUGGUGGAUUAGACGUCUCUUGUCAACACUCCAUUGACAAAGAUAAUUAUGUGGUGAUUAAUAACAGUCAAGCCAUAAAUCUUGGUUAUCACAUUAUCUCUGGAGGAACAGAAAAAACAGGGAAUCAUAGAAUCAUAGAAUUGUAGAGUUAGAAGGGACCACAAGUGUCAUCUAGUCCAACUCCCUGUAAUGCAGGAAUCUUUUGCCAAAAGUGGGGCUCAAACCCACAACCCUGAGAUUAAGAGUCUCAUGCUCUACCGACUGAGCUAUCCCAGACUUCUAGAGUCUAUAACAGCUAAGAGGUGUUCCAACUGUGAUAAAUUUUCAUUUUAUUGUGUCAUAUUUUUUGGCCUUCCAGUUUCUGCAGAUGGUGGAAAGGAGUGCGAGUCUGAAUCAUCUGACAGACUUGAGCCCCGCAGAGAAAUGGGGAAGCGCCAAGGCGAGGUGCACCCUCCAAAAAGCCCUGAGAGGGUGCUUAGGGUGUCAAAAAUCCCAGCAGCCCACAAAAGGGCUCUCCUGCAACCCCCAAACCCCAAAUAAUCAUAAAAUAAUAAUAAUAAAAGUGAUGGCAAAACAAUAACAAUAUUUUAAAAAACAAGGAAUCCUGUCCAUAGGAUUUGUAAAACAGAUAAACAUUUUGGGGGGAAGGGAAGAGAAGAAGAGAAAGGAAUGUUGGAGCAUUGGUAUACAGUAUUCUGUGUGUUUUGUGUUUUUAUUACAUUCCUUCUGAAAUUCAAGUACUAAAACUAGAUGACUUUGCAGAUUUUUUGCAAGAUACUGUCACAACUAUGAACAUAUUUCACAUUUAUUUGAAUAAAGGUUACCCUAUACAUACCUUACUAGUUAUAAUAUGUGAACAUUGUGACCUUAACCUUCUUACCAUUCCUUUGAGGUAGAGUGAAGUCUUUGCUUGCCAUGUCCUUAGAGAAAUGGUAUCAUUCAUCUGGUUACAUAUAAGUACAAUAAAUAAGUUCUUUCUUUAAAAAUCCAGUGUGGUCCAUCAAUGAAUAACAAAUAACUAGGUCCUAAUGUCCAUGUGAAAACAUAACACCCAGAAAACUCUGUAAAAAUCAAAUAAUCUAUAUAAUGGUCAUAUUCCCCACAGGCUUAAAGCCCAAACUCUGGUAACCCUGAUGGAAGUGUCUUUUUAACCACUACCAUUACUAAUACUGCAUGCCAGCUUUGUCAGCUUAUAUAUCUCAGUGCAUCCAUCAUAUUAUUUAAAAGCUUAAGAGCAACUUUUAAAAAUUAAUGCUUUUCAGCAUAACCCAUUUUGGUUGCAUAUGAGAAAAACUCACUAAAUGUUUGUUUUAAGAACCUAGGAAGAGUCUCCUGUUCUCACAGUGGCUGAACAGUUGCAGUGAGGAUCCGAGUGAAUCCUCACAGGUCAAAGUGGCCAUUCUGUAGACAUGUUAUUUCUGUAGAGCAAAGCCUCCAACUUGUAUAGUAUUUACAAAUAUAUACAACGUGAAGGUCUUUUGAGGGGUUCACAGCAUUUAUACCCCAAGAGGGUUCUGCUUCUUCCACAGCCACAGCCUUGGAUUCCAGCAGAAACCAGGCAUGGUUCUGUCUCCCAGCUGCAGUUUCUCACUUCUAGUUUUCACCCACAUCACACACGCGCACACACACACACACCAUUUCUCGUCCAGCACAGAGCCACUUCCUUUGUUGCCUUACUGGCCUAUACUUAGAGGGCCAUUAACUCACCAGGAAGCUAGCUUGGCUAUUCCAGGAAUUAAAUCAAUUCUGGAUCCAGGAAUUAGAAGGGGGCUCGGGAAUACAGCCUCCGCCGCCACCCCCGGGGAAAAACUCAUAAUACUAUCAACCUACCUGAUUAAGUCACAUAUUUCACAAAACAGGGCAACCUUUGCGGGGGGGGGGAGGGGUAGUGCAGUAUGGCCAUCUUUGAUUAAUGCCUUUGCUGAUCCAGAUCAGUGACUCAGGAGAAACAAAGUAGAUACCCAAACAUAUUUUGCCAGGACAAAUUUGCCCUGCUGAUUCCUGUGUUCAGCUUGCAAUACUGGCAUUUGGUGCCAGUCCUUCAUUGUGCAUCUUAGAACAUCACAGAAGAGGAAACAUGGGAGAAUCAGGAGAGGUGAGCUGGGCGUUUUAAGUAGUACUACGUUCUCCUCAAUAUUCUGGGUAUAAAGCUUGGCCAAGGACUGUGGUAGGAACCUGAUCAUGCACUCUUGGAAUCUUGCUCCAAGCAUUCUCAAACCUAUUCUUUGUAGGCACACAGGGAAUGAGCAGCAGCCUUUCUCAUUUUAUUCCAACAGCUUUGCAGGGAUAGGCAGAAUUAAAUCAUAAUGGGGGAAAUUAUAAUAUACAUCAUAAUAAGACAAAAAAAAACCAUGAAAAAGCAUCUUCCAUGCAUGAUAUUUAUAACUAUAAUAUGCCCCAAGCCUCCUUUGAACUGAGAUUCAAACAGGCCUUGUGCACUAGUAUGCUACUGGUGGUCUGCCUUCACCAAGAAGACAGAUGUGUCAUUCUUUUCCUCUUCUUAUGGAGGAGUUAAAAAGGUUGUUAAUUUCAGCUGCUCUGUUGUAGGGUUCUUUUUUUAAAAAAAAAAAUCUACUAAUAAUAUAAAUUAUGAGUAGGUUUCAUUAAAAGCCACAAACCUACAACAGAACAGCUGAAAUUAAGCAAUUUUAUAACGUUAUAUUUGCCAUGGACUAUGUAAAAAUCAGUCUAAUACAAUUGCAACUAAAAGUUGAAACUUAAUCAUUACAGACAAUGUUGGUUUUCCAUUUCAGAAUAUGAUUUCAUGCAGUAAACUUGAUAAAGGCGGCAGUCCUUCUGCAAUCCAUGGGACUUACUCCUGAGUAGAGAUGUAUAAGCGUGCGGUGUAAAGAUGCUAGGGCUUGUUACUGUUAUCCAGUUGUCAGAUAAUAGCAAUAUAAACAUCACUGUAAGGCUACUUUAAAAAAAUAUAAAACAAAGCGAAAACGCCACUCUCUUUUUUGCUCUUGGAUAAUAGAUGUUUGGCAAAGCAGAGAUGAGGGAUGGAACUUCUCACAGGAAUAUGACCCUGAACUGAUCAAGGAGGAAAAGAGGAAAGAAGUUGAAGAAGAGAUCAGAAUACAGGUGAACCUCCAAUAGCAGGCCACAAACACUGGCUGUUGCCAAAGAGAAUUUCUAGUAAAAGCUUGUUAGGCAUAUUAAUCGAUUGACAUCGGUCUGCCUUUCCCCAGUCACUCUGUGCUAUGAAGUAGCUAAAGUAUAGUCCUUUGAUAGUUCCUUUGGUUAGAAAUGGGGGCUCUUUUACAAUUGAAAGUUGCUUUGAGACAUUUGAAUAAAUGCCAACAACAGUAGUUACUUAGCAUUUAUAUAGCACUUUAGGACAUUACAUGCAUUAUCUCGGGUCUGAUCUACACAUGCAGUAGAAUGAGGCGAGAAUAAGAUAAUAGAGUUCUUAGGUGACAGAAGAGAUUGUACCAUAAAUUUUCAGGUUGGGAUCAGAUUUUUAAUGCUCUCCUAUGUAAUCAAAAAGAAUUAGCAGGGAGAGUUGUGGGAUAAAACUUUUCUAUUUGAUAUGCCAGUUUUCAUUUUGAAUGUGAAGUAUUUAAAUCAUAAUCCCCCAUCUCUAAUCUCAAGUAAGACUAUACCACCUCAGGAACCUUGAUGCCCUCAUUCUGCUAAAUGUGUAAAUCAGUCCCGUAUUUUUCGCCCCAUAGGGCGCACCGGCCCAUAGGGCGCACCUAGUUUUUUUGGGGGGGGGGGAUAAAGAAAAAAAAUUAUUUCCCCCCCAGGCACGGGGCUGGGGCGGGGGAAGCCAGAGCUUCCCCCGACCCCAGAACAGGCUGCUAUCCACAAGCCUAGGGAGCCGUGUGGGAACUCCCGCGGGCUCCCCAGGCUUGCGGAUAGCUUCCUGAAGCCUGGAGAGCGAGAGGGGUCGGUGCACAGCGAAAGCCUGCAUUCGCCCCAUAGGACGCACACACAUUUCCCCUUCAUUUUUGGAGGGGGGAAAGUGCGUCCUAUGGGGCGAAAAAUACGGUAAUCUGCGCAACAAGGAUUGCUUGCAGAAGCUGGCUUUCCCCCUGGAUUUCUAAUGGGGAUUAAGGGCGGGAGACUCUUGCUGCCUUAGUGGCUUGCCUAAGGCCACCUGCAGAGUACCGGUAGUUGCAGAGUAAGAGUGAAACUGUAGACUUCCCAGUUCACACCCUUAGCCACUAAACUUCACCAGCUCUUUUGCUACGCUUCCCAGGGUCCUCAGCACAAUGUAGGAUUGGAAGAGAUCACUUCAUUCCCCUCAUGAAUGCCAUAGUAGUAUCUGAGGUGUUUAAUCACCUCAACAUAAAGCCUAGAGCCUCUGGGCAGCAGCUGCACUGCCCAGGAGACUCCAUUAAUUUCAGACCAGAUAUGGACCCUGGAUAAUGUGAAGUCUCGGAUGAAAAGAAUUCACAAGGGAUUGGUCGAAUCUGAUAAAAAAUAUGCUUAAUUUUGCCAUUAGCAGGCUUCCAGUUCCUGCCCUUCUGCCUCCUGAUCUUGUAAGAUUUUACACGCCCAAUCUUACAGUACAUAGCAAAAACAAAAAUAUAUAUACCAAAAUUUGAUAGUGCAUGUUGUUCACCUAUUUCCAGCACAUGAUUUGUGUUUUCUGGUUAAAGAGACUUUAGGAGUAAAAAGCAUGCCUUUCCAGACUCCCUGUAUAUAUCUGUCCAAACAGGUUGAUGAGCUAAUGCGCCAGGAACUGAAGAAUUUAAAGCUAGCUGUGGAUAGAGAGAUAGAGAGAAAAGGCCAAAAAGGCAAAAAAGGAAAGGUGAGUAGACGUUUAUAGCUAUAUUAGAAGCAGAAUUACUAAUUAACUAGGAACCAGUGCAGACACUGUUUUCUACAAGUUCCCAACAGAAAUAACUGCUUGUGGUUUAUAUUGCUUCAAACAACAGUGAGAUGUAGCCAAUAGUUUUUGUUGGCAUAUUGGAUGUGGUUUGUCUGGAGCGAGACAAACCGCAAGGCCAGAUUCAGAUGUAAUGGCAGAAGUAGGAAAGGAGCAACGUGUCUGUGAUUUUUCCUGUGAGUACCUGCACACUUAGUCAUAGUUUUACUCAGGCUUCUGUGUGAACUGGACCUGUUUCUCAGCUAUCCAUAGGGCAGAAAUAAAGAGACAGCUUUUCACAUUCCUGUGAACUUUUAUUCCUAAUGUCUGCUAUCUGUCUUCUCCUUCUCCAUUUCUAGAGUUAGCUGUUAUCCAGAACAAUUUCUGCUUGAAACAAUAAUACAAGUUUAAUUCACCAAGUAGUUUAUCUCAGAAAAAAGAGUUAAUUCAGUUUGUAAUGAAGAGCUUUCUACAACAAAAACAUAACUCACAACAGUCCACAGGCUCAUAAAACAUUAGUUCCACUUUAAAUGUUCAAAUAAACAUCAGCUACUGGGAGCUGCUGCCAGCCUGAACCCAACACCUAAAGCAGUUUGAGUAAAAUAGAAUAAUCUGCACUUACAAUUUUCAUAUCCAUGAAACAGCUGGUCAGCUUGGAAAUAUACAGAAUCUAUGGAUGUGCCAGGAGACCUUGAAAAUAGUAUGCCUUUGGGAAUGCGGCAAGUUAAAGAAGGGAAAUAAGCCUCAGCAUGAUGUGAAUGAACCACUUAAUAAUAACAAUAAUUAUUUUUAAAAAAAUUAUUUAUAUGCUGCCCAUCUGACUGGGUUGCCCAAGCCACUCUGGGCAGCUUCCAGCAAAACAUAAAAACACAAUAAAACAUCAAAUAUUAAAAACUUCUGACAAUGUGCGUGUGCCAGAAGAUGCUUCAUAGAUUUUGAUACUUCAUGGUUUUAUCCAUGCAUAUCUGCACAUGCACUAGAGACAAGGUGCACUCACCCACUUACUUUGAGAUGCAGCUUCAAGAGAUCCUGCAGAAAGAGCUGAUCCCUGCUAGCAACUUACAGAUCAUGACAACAGCAGCAACUUACAGAUGAUAACAGCAGCAGCAGCAAGGCAUGAUCAGAAGGCAAAAAUAAAAAUAGGAACAGACUAGGAUAAGUGAUUUACCAUGGAGAAAUAACAACUCUCUCUCUCUCUCUCUGUGUGUGUGUGUGUGUGUGUGUGUAUGCUUUAUUGAAAUGAAAGAAAAGUAGCAAACAGAAAUUCGUCCAGAAAAACAAAAACUGUAGUUUUUACAUCAAAUCACAGUAAGUUCUUCUUUCAUCUAUAACGACUUCCCAUCUACCACUUAUUUCGUCAAGCGCACUAUCCAUUUUCCUUUGUUAAUUUUCAUUCACGACUUAUUAUUCUGUUAAGUAUUCACAGUAUCACAGAAGGCAUUCAAGGAAACAACAACAAAAUAGAGGCCAUCCCUUUUAUAAUAAAGCACUUGGGUUAUGUGCAGUUCCGAAACAUUUGUCCAGGUAUCAUAUCAGGUGCAAGCAAUAAUAUAUAUAUAUAUAUAUAUAUAUAUAUAUAUAUAUAUAUAUAUAUAAAGAAAGUAGGACAUUUCAACAAAUAUAAUUUAAAAAGGGCACACCUUAUUUGUAAGAAACACCUUAUUUGUAAGAAAUCAGUUCUCCUAAGAUAAGUUUCUCCCUUCGUCAGGAUUCAAAAAUAGUAUAAAAUGGUAAUUUAAACCUCGGAAAGCCGUGUAAAAUGAAAGCAUUCCAUGCAAGUCCAGUAUUUUGCUCUGGGGCAGCUUGAUAGCAGGUUCCCUUUACAAGUGGAACUGGAAAGGAACAAAAACACAGAUGUCUUUCUGUAUUUCAUAUUUGCCUUCUGCUUUCCAUAAACAAGUUCAUACUGAGCAGGGCUCCCGACAACGCCAGCUACACCAAGCCAUAUUUCACUUAAACUUAUAAAAGCAAUAUAAUGAAUAUAUCAAAUUCAUAAAAAUAAGACACAAAACAGUUCAAUAGAUUUUUUAAAAAAUGAAUGAUCGUAAUAAUAAUUACUACCUAGCAAAUUAUCAAUUAAUUUACUAAUCCAGUAGCAUUGCAUUAGACUAAAUAAAUAACAUAAAUAGCUCUCAGUGCAGCAACUGGACUGUGGAAAAGUUUCCCAACAGAGAUGGCAAAUAAAAUAAUUUCACUAGCCAGAACCUUCCCAUAUGAAACAGAUUUGAAGGAAAGAUCACUGAUGUCUAAUGAUUGAAAAUCAUCUUGGAUAUAGCUAAGAGAGGACCACUUUGCAGGUGUCAGAAAACAUGUCUAUUUUGCUGGUGCAGCAAAAAAUGGGGCAAAACUGGAAGACAUUUAAGUAGGUGGUUAGGAGGGAUUUGGGGACGCGGGUGGCGCUGUGGGUAAAACCUCAGUGCCUAGGACUUGCUGAUCGCAUGGUUGGCGGUUCGAAUCCCCGUGGCGGGGUGAGCUCCCGUCGUCCGGUCCCAGCUCCUGCCCACCUAGCAGUUUGAAAGCACCCCUAAGUGCAAGUAGAUAAAUAGGUACCGCUUUAUAGCGGGAAGGUAAACAGCGUUUCCGUGCGCUGCGCUGGUGCUGGCUCGCCAGAGCAGCUUCGUCAUGCUGGCCAUGUGACCCGGAAGUGUCUUCGGACAGCGCUGGCUCCCGGCCUCUUAAGCGAGAUGAGCACGCAACCCCAGAGUCGGUCACGACUGGCCCGUACAGGCAGGGGUACCUUUACCUUUUAGAAAGGGCUUAUUUCAUUUUAUAUCCACAUUUGGAUUGACUUUGAAAUAAUCUGAGCAAUUCCCGAUUAUUUUCUUAGGAAGUAGCUUGGUUUAUUUCAUUGUUGCAUAGAGUUUGGGUUUCAUGGACUUAGAAUUUGAGACUUCAGUGAAGAAUUCAAAACACACAUAUCCACCAACACCUUGAUUCCCCCCAGCAAAAAAGUGCAUGCAUUCAACAGAAAAAGCCACAAAGAAAAAAUCAAAGAUGCAAAUAAAGAGGACUGCUGCUAAUUAACUGUUUUGAUAUGUUUUUGUGGUUUUCAUUAAAUGUGUUUCAUUAAAUUCAUAAGGGGGUUAAAAGAGUUUCUCUCAAAAGGAAGUUUUUCUAUGGCAUGAACGCACAUAGGAAAGCCACAAACAAAAAUAUUUUCUCAGUCUCUGCUUAGCACAUGCCAAUUUUUCCGUAAAUCUUGAUGUUAAUUAGAAAGACUUUUCCCACAGUAUACUGUAUAUAAAACUUCCAAAUUACUCUAGUGGAGAAAUUGCCUUAAGGAAGCUAACAGUUGGCCAAUAUGCUGAACAUAUGCUCAUUGUCUAUGUAAGCAGAAAUGAUCUAAUCUCCAUGAUGUGAUCAUUUUUAAAUUAGGGAAAGAUAAUGGGCCAAAAGAUAAUAGACCCUAAAGAAAAGAAACAGGGAUGGGGAAGAGGAAAUUGGUGCAUCUUCAGUGUCUUUGCGGUGCUAAACAAAGAUGUAUUGUGUUAUGUAUCCCAUAAGAAGCUUUGAUUACUAAUACCAGAUGCAUGCAUAAAAAAUGUUACUGUAAUAUGUUGUUAUAUUUGUAAAUCCAGUUUGAUAUUUGAUGCACUUUCUGGUGAUGCCCAAACCGCUUUAAUGAUAGAAUCCGAUCUUGCAUCAGUAGAGCUUCUAUUUAUUGAUUAAUUGAUACCUCAGACUGCCUCUGUGUCUGUCUGUCUGUCUGUCUGUCUCUCUCUCUCUCUCUCUCUCUCUCUCUGUGUGUGUGUGUGUGUGAGAGAGAGAGAGAGAGAUCCCUUGCGUCAUAGAAUGUUCUGCAAGUAUCCAAAAUGUAUUGCUAAUAAAUGUGCAUCUGUCUGAUAACAGAUGGUAAUGUGAUUCCUGUUGGGCCUUUCCAAGUUCAAAGACAGGACUAUGGGAUCAUCAAGUGAAAUUGAUACAAGUCAAUGGUGGGUGGGGCUGGUGCCAAAACUGGAUAGGACCCAAGGCAACUCCACACAUCCAUCCAUUUACACACACAAGCACCCACCUCAUUCAUUGGCUUUCUCAGUCACUCAUAACGCUCAGAAUCAUUGGCCAUUGCAGAUCCCCGGCCUUCAAUGAAUCAGUCACUUUCCUCAAAUCAACAGCCUUUUAGUUAUUACUGUGUGUGUUUUUUUUAAUUAAAUCUAUAUACUGCCCUUCAUCUGAAGAUCUCAGGGUGGUUCGCAAGAUAAAAAUACAGGAUAAAAGCACAAAUGAAUAGUUAGAAGAAAAGCAAAACAAUAACAAUAACCCCCUUCCCACAAACACAUUUAAAAGGCGGUAGAAUAUUAGUCAGCCAAAGGCCUGGUUGAAGAGGAACGUUCUCGCCUGGCGCCUAAAGAUGUAUAAUGAAGCUUUUUAAGAAGUUGUUUGAUAGCUCUAUUGUGUCAUGUUUUUUCAAUCAUUCCAGGAAGUGCUGUCAUUGGGAAUCUUGCCCCCACUGCCUCCUUCAUCCACUGCUUCACCAGUUCCUCAAAAAUGGCUUUUCAUGCCCUUAGGCAGACACAGUUUUAUUUUGUCUUCGACGUUUUUAAGCCUAGCAGGAGAAAAAGAGUGGUGGUUGGGGAAACCGUUGUGCCAGAGUCUCCAGCUGUCUCUUCCUGGAAUGAAUGAAAUGCUGGUAGUUGGGAGCCAACGUCAGGCUACCUGGGCCACUAUAAGUGAUCCUGGCACGCUUUCACCUUUAACCCCCCCCCCAACUGCCAAAAAAUCAAGAAGGGCACUGCAGAGGUGUGUGCUGCAAUGUCUGGGUUGUAUGUCACUCUACUGUUUCUGAAUGUCACUGCUGUUACUCGGAGGAGGGCAGAGGUUGAGCCCAAAGGCUGUCAGGCCAGUGGAAAAGACUCUCAGGUCUAGCUCCUGCCUGUGGGCCACCAAUUCCCUGCUGCCUUAACACUGUUCCAGGCAAAAUCAUGUAAUACAGAUGCCAGGAGUUGCUGUUGUGGCAAACCCCCUCUUAACUACAGCUCAGGUUUUGGUUUUUAUGAAGAAGACUCUUCUAGGGAGAAGCUAAACAGAUAAAAGGUUUUAUUUUACAGAACAAUUGGUAAAACAAAAGAUAUGUUAGGAGAUAGAAUUCUUUCAAGAAACAGAUAACUAUCUGUCCUCUCUCUCUCUCUCUCUCUCUCUCUCUCUCUCUAAUUUGGUGGCUGUUUCCUGCCAACCUAGCAGCUUGAAAGCACGUCAAAGUGCAAGUAGAUAAAUAGGUACCACUCUGGCGGGAAGGUAAACGGUGUUUCUGUGUGCCAGGUUUGCCAGAAGCGGCUUAGUCAUGCUGGCCACAUGACCUGGAAGCUGUACGCCAGCUCCCUUGGCCAAUAAAGCAAGAUGAGCGCCGCAACCCCAGAGUCAGUCACGACUGGACCUAAUGGUCAGGGGUCCCUUUAUCUUGACCUUAUAGGCUUCUCAAGGUGGUAAACACAUAGCUUCUUUUCAGUUAUUUCACUUCAGCUCCUUAAACUUACAGUGGUGCCCCGCAAGACGAAUGCCUCGCAAGACGAAAAACCCUCUAGACGAAAGGGUUUUCCGUUUUUUGAUGCGCUUCGCAGGACGAAUUUCCCUAUGGGCUUGCUUCGCAAGACAAAAACGUCUUGCGAGUCUUGAGAUUUUUUCCGCUUUUCCCCCCCUUUUUCUAAGCCGCUAAUAGCCUUUUAGCCGCUAAGCCUUUAAUAGCCGCUAAACCGCUAAUAGCGCUAAUCCGCUAAGCCGCUAAUAGGGUUGCUUCGCAAGAAGAGAAAACCGCUAGACGAAGAGACUCGCGGAACGGAUUAAUUUCAUCUUGCGAGGCACCACUGUAAUUGUAUAGUUGUUACAUCUUAGGUCUUAACAUUUGGAGUCUGAUACUUUCUGUUAGUUUCCCAACCUUCUAUAAAUCACACUCCUGGGACUCCUCUGGUCGGAUGACAGCGCCAGGGGAUCACUACACCCCUCUUAAACAAUGCCAGGUCCUCUUGUGGUUUCUCAGCAUGGAAAGAGGUUUUAAGCUCUUGUCCUUGCUUUCAAGGCAAGGCCUGCUUGGUCUGCCAGCUGUGAGACUGGUAAGGGUGCUCUUCUCUGUUGAGCAGUACUUACACUGCCAGAAGCGGAGGGGACAGAAAAAUGUGAUAAAUUUGAGGCCCACGGUGUCUCAUAGGCUAUACGGCACGUGCUGCUGAAAUCUUUGUAUGCCCCAAUUAAUGAGAUUGAUGCAGUGAUUCACAAGUUGCAGCCCAGACCACACAAGUGUCCUGCAAGUGGGACCGAACUUCACCUUGAAAAAUGAAGGCUGUGUGUUGGAGGAUGCAUCCAACAUGUCUCCUCAAGAGGGAGGAGGACCAUGUAACGUUGAAGAACAUGGAAAUAAUCACAAGGAAAUAAUGACACACCAGGUGGAAUUGCAGCUGGGCUGGAAUUCCUCACCAGUGUGUAGCCAGAACAGUCCCAUGUGAGCCACUGCAGACUGGGCAAAGGGGAGAGAAUAAGGCUCAAGGGAAAUGUUAAAUGUUUUGGGAGUUGGUCAAGAAAAUACAGGUACAGUGGUACCUUGGUUUAAGAAUAGCUUAGUUUAUGAACAACUUGGAUUAAGAAUGCUGCAAACCCGGAAGUAGGUGUUUUGGUUUGUGAACUUUGCCUUGGAAUAAGAACAUGUUUCGCUUCCUGCUGACUGUGUUCCAUUUGUAAAUUGCGUCCCCCGCUGCUAUGGGAAAGCACGCCUUGGUUUAAGAAUGCUUUGGUAUAAGAACGGACUUCCGGAACGGAUUAAGUUUGUAAACCAAGGUACAGCUGUAUUUGAGUGUAGUUAAGUGUGCUUGCAAUUUUCAUCCAAGAACAAAUUGCAAACACUAAAGUGAAGAAAGCAUAAACAAUGUGUAUAAUAUAUAUAUAUGGGCAGGAGGAGUUAAAUCACUAGAGGCCACUAAAACUAUUCAGAAUCUUGUGCUAACUUUUAGCUGGGUGUAGAAGUAUUGCCUUUGCUAACUUUCUCCAUUUAUGAUCCUUAGAAAAAGAAAAAAGGGAAAAAGGGUGGAAGGAAGAAAAAAUCUAAGAAGGAGAAAGAUCUGACUCCUGACAGGUAAAAAUGCACCUGCUCCUCUGAGAUUCACAUUGACACAUCUCUCUCUCUCUUUGCUUUGUUCAAACACAAAAGAGAGUCAAAGUUGGUAUGCCUAAGCCUGAACCUGGUAGCUCCAAUUCCUUAGCAAUUAUGGAGAAUCUAACAUAGAAUUCUUUUAAAAUGGAUAACAUAUAGAGAGAGAUUUAGAUAGGAAAUGUCAACCACCAAUUUGCAGAGAGUUCAUUUUAGGUUAUAUGUACUGUGGACCUUAGUUCUGUGCAUUUUCAUCAUAUCUCUAAUGGUUCUUUGAAGAAUUGUCAUUAAAUUUUAUUCCUUGUGGCAGGUGUAGGAACACCUGGUAGUUUCAGAUUUGUAUCAGAUUUUCCAUCUGUUUUUAACAUCCCUGAAAUAGGACACUAGCUAGUCCUUCUGUAAUAAUUGAACAAAGCAGCAUUUAUUCCCUAUAUAAAACAAAUCAUAAAGUAUAAUCCUUGAUGCUGCCUUGUAGAUUGCUGCCCAUUGGGCUGACGGUAGGAAGCUUAGGGUAAAUAGUGUUGCCGGCUGCUCUGGAAGCUCUUUGAAGCCAUAUUGGUGGGGUGGACAUUAAAAAAUAAGCAAACAACAAAUAGCUGUAGCUUUACUACCUUUGCCAGUUACCUGACACUUCAAAUCGAAAUGUCUAUCGUUGUUUUUUAUUUAGAUUUUUCCAGACUACCACAAAUAACAUUACUAAACUCCAUCUCCAUGCAAAAGAGUUAAUGCCAUAUUCACUGAGUGGCGGGGCGGCGGGGAGGCCAUCCCACUCUCUGAACAUUACUGACUACCAUUUCCAAUGUUAAAUACAGAAUAGUGCCCCUAUGAUUCAUUCACAAACAAGGCUGGCCCAAAACAUUUUGGCACCUGAGGUGAACUGCACAAUGGUACCUCUUCUGCCAGCAAAGAAGGGGUGGGUGAAGAUUGACACCAGAAACAAGGCUGGGAGGAGACCAGCAGCUCCUCCUCUUCACCAGGAGGCCACUGUAGAGGUGGCAUUGGGAGGGCUGCCGGGCAGCUGGAUCUGACGCCCCUGUGGAUCCUGCCACCUGAGGCGGUCACCUCACCUUGCCUCAUGGGUGGGCUGGCCCUGUGUGGUAUUAUACCACUAACUAGGUCCAAGAUAAGAUCUGUGUACUACGAAGUUGCCUCCAGCAUUUCAAAAUACACAAUCUUUUUCUUUCUUUUUAAAAAAUACCUUCCUAAGAACUGCUUGUUCACCCUGUUCUACUGACUUGCAGGAACUUUGCAAUGAUGUUGAACAGUGAUGUUAUGUUUCAAAUAGCCUGGAGGUAGCAAUGUGAGAGGACUUGUGUUGGGAAAAUGUUUAAACUCCAAAUUUCUAUGAAAUAAUUUCAUUAUUGUAUUGUUAGUGUUCCACAGUAUUUCAUACCGCUAAUAGAUGGAAAUUGCUGUUAAUGUUACAAUAAGUGUACAAGUGCUUUCCCUAAAAAUGAAAAUGUAAUUAUUGUACAUUUUAGCCAUAUGCAGACAUUACAGAUGCUUACAUGAGGGUGUGUUUUUUAAGAGAUGAUUUGCAUUUUUAUCUGCAAAUCUGGGUGUUAAAUUAUGUAUCUCUUUGUAGGACCAUUGAUUCUCUCUACCAGGAGCUGGUAGAAGCACAGAUAUUAAUAAGAGCCAAGAAAGUGAAACUCUGCGAUUAUGUGGGUAAAGUAUUAAGACAAGCCGCACCAUUCAUACCGAUGUAGCUGGUUCCAGAUAUAAAAAUUAAUAUAAGCUUAACUUCUGACUCAGUAUGACAGUUGAAGCAGAGAUCUUCAGGAUUUAGUCUGUGAUUUAUAAUCUUCAUAUUUUCUAAUUCUGGUGCUUCGUCAUUUGCACAUCUGGCUGGCACCAAGCACUAAAUUAAAUGAUGCUUCCAAUAGCAUUUCCCUACCUGUAUUUUGAAGUUGUUUCUUGGGAAGCUGCAAAGGUCAGACUGUGCACUUCAGAGAUGCCACAGGAACUGAGCACAAUUCUAGUCUCAUAGUUAAAUCUGACCCCCUUGCUGUUGCAAAGGCACUGGCACCAGCCAUCUCCAGGCUGUUUCCCCUUACAGGCUUUUAAAACCUGGGCAGAGAAAAGUAACAUCCACAUCAGCCCUAAAUAUAGAAGAAUGUAAGCAUUUAUUCAAAAGCAUAAUUUAGACCAAGCUAAAAACAUCUGAUAGAGUAUAAGUGGAUUCCGCUAUGGUGCCCCUUCUCUGAUUCACUUUUAUACUCUGCUCCAGUUAUGCAAACCGCUUCGGGUCCUGAUGUGCAAAUCAGUCAUCCAGCCUGCGUAUGGGGGCAAAAGACCAACCGAACCAUCCAGUAGCUGCUGCUUCCCUCUGAAGUUUCACUCGGGGUAGCCAGUGCUCAUUACCCAAACCCUCCUGCAGUUUAUCUGGUAAAGCAAAUGAUUAGUGGUUCUUUGGCUGAAACAAUCUCAACAUAUGCUCAGGCUUUUAAUGGCGAACAGGUCUGGCUUGCUGGCAUGGAGCUGGAUAUUCUAUUAACUCUUGCGCCCCUCUGAAACAGGCUUCACAAGCCUGACCCUUUUCAGGAUCUGCCUCAUGGGUCAAAUUUGAACAGGUAGGCAGGGGCAACCCACGUGGAUAUCAGAUGAUGUCAGCGUCAAAAUCCCUUGUGCUCCAAUCUCCAAGGCAGCAAAAGAUUGCAGCGUAGAACGUCCCUGUUCAGGGUUCCUUCCAACCAGCCAGAAUACUCUUCUCCACCACCCGCACGUCAGUUUCCAUUCCCCCUCCCAAACUACAGUCAGUAUUCUAUGCCCACUGAACAUUGGUGUGUGUGUGUGUGUGUGUGUGUGUGUGUGUGUGUAGGGGUGUUUCCUCUCCUUAUGCUUUAGUCUUCUAAACAUUGUUUGCACUUCCUCACACCUUGGUUUUCAUCCAACCCUGCAAACACUUCCCUUUAGUACAGGGGUGGGGGAACCCUUUAAGCCUGAUGGGCUAGAUCUUGCCCACCCACUGAGGGCCAACUUUAUCAGGUGGGCAGGACCACCUGCCUGUCAAUCAUCUGACAUCAGGGAAUUGUUCAAAGAUGGUUGCUACACUGCAGCCUCCUCUGAGCAUGCCUCAAUCCUUUUAGCUGACAGUCAGCUGAUGGUUGCUUAGAGGGAGCCCCUUUGAAGUCUCAGCAUCGGGGAAAAUCUCCCUAGAACUGGAAGACUUUCCCCUCUGCAGAGAAAGCAGCUUGUAUUCAAAGUGAUGGGAGAAAUGCUUUGAGUACGGAUUGUGCAUGGAUUGUGCUUUUGGGUGAUACAAAGAUCAGCUUUAACAGAAUGGAUUUGCUAUUGCUAUAUAAGAUACCAGAAGCUGCCAAAUUUGUCCAACACUAAAAAGAUCUGCCAGCUUUACAAAUCCUUAACAACCAAUGGGCAACUAAACUGGUCAUUUAUGCCGUAUUUUCAGUGUUCAAGGUGCCUCACAUCCAUUGCCGCACUCUCCUCACAGCAACCCUGCGUGGAUGCUGGGGAUAAGUAUUUUCAUAGGGAAGAGAGGAGGCUGAGAGUUAGUGACUUGUCUCCUCAGGCCAAGUGAGUUUGUAAUUGAGAUGAGACUUGAAUUAACAACCUCCUGCAUCACACCUCAUUAUCUUAGCCAGUGCACCAGCUCUCUACUGUGGGCUUGUAAAGAAAACGCCCACUUUUUCUAUUUUUAUGAUUCAGUCUUAUUUAAUUUACUGUUUGAUAAAUUUGCAUUUAUCAAAGGCACAUAAAGGUUUCAAAAGCAAAACAUUUAAAAUAUGUUCAUGUAAAUAAAUACUAGCAAUAAAAAGUUUGCAUAAAUGUAUGCCGUCAGUACAGAUUAUGCUUCUACUGAUGAUGAUAAAUGGUACUCUUAAGACAUUUCUCCUCACCGCAUGUCAGUCCUUCUUAACCCUGUGAUUAUGUCCAUGGGUUACAUACUCUGGUGUCUCAGCAGCUAGAAUCCACGUUUCCAUGCUGAAUGACUCAGCUAGCAAGGAGAGCCACUGUGGUCCCAGAGAUAGCACACUGGAUGCCAGCUGCAUUUAGAGACCUGUCAAGUGCACCCACAAUCAAGCCCUUGUUCUUUACCUAUAAAAUUGGAAUAGUGUUAACCUAUCUCACAUCAGUGCUGCAAGGAUUCAAUCUAUUUAGUUUGUCCAUGAAUUCUGCCCACUGUGCAGUUGUCAUUUUUAUGUACUUGCCAAUUGAUGGUAUACUCGUGAAAUAAUUUACACAUUUGUAGAAAAAUAGCAUGAGGGUCAAAAUUCAAGUCCACAUUCAUUUAAAUUGCCGGCUGAAUAUUUCCACUUCUAUUUUUAUUUUGUAUUCAUGUUGGGGGAUGCAUUCCAAAACCAUAUUAAUAACUAUUAGAACUCAUAGAUUCCAAAACCAUAUUAAUAACUAUUAGAACUCAUAGAUUUGAAUCUGUUACGGCUUAACAGGAUGCUAAACUUGUACUCCCUAGCAGUUUCUAAUGUCUGGAGUUGCACAUUUUGUAAUAAUACAGUAUCACCUAUAAAGAAGCCUUUGUCUCUUCCCUGUAGGUGAGUACAGCUAUCUGGGGUCUACCCUUCGGCAGAAAGACAUAGAACCAAUGCCCUCUCUUACAGAUGUCAGGCAGCUCAUCGCUCUGUAUGGCAUAUUGCCAUUAGGUAAGAUCACAGGAGCCUCCUGUCAGCCUCAUAUACUUUUACUAGCUAUGACAGUGCUUGAUUGAUUUUGGUUGAAAGCAUUCUGCAGAAUUCUUUUUCAAUUAAGUAUUCUGAACUGAUACAGUAUGGUUUUAAUAGCAUACUUAAAAGGGGAGCGUGGUUGCUGUGUGUUUGACAUGCCGUUUCGUUGCCAUUUCUUGUUUGCAUGUUAACAGUUUGGGAGCUGUAGCACAUAAAGGAAGUCACCUGGGAAAGGUAAUAGCUAAUACAAGCUCCAGUGAUUAUAAAUUUAAUCAAGUUAGGGAAAAGGCUAAGGUUGCAAUUUACCUUUUACAAGCCAGCUAAUGUGUCUUGCUGUUGAACAAUGGAAGCGUUUCUGGAAUUAGUCAGCUCAUUUCAUAUAUUGGAGAAAGUGCUUUUAAUUGUUCUUGCCUUCUAAAACUCUAGAAAUUAAUAACCAAACAUGUAUGUUUUCUUAUAUGUACUAUCUGCAUAGUAUGUUGUUCAAAUAUGAUAAGUAUAAACCUUUUCUCGGGGGGCGGAGAGGCUUUUCCUUAGGCUGCAGUAGAGCUCCUGUCACUUUUCUGAACAUGAUCCAGUCAAUUUUACAGAAAGAACAUCCUAUCACACCUCCAAACUGGGACAGUUUGCAGAUUUUCAGAACAAAUCCAUGUUAGCAGUAGGGAUGGAAGGAUCUGUCAAUUUCGGUUUCUCAUUUUUCCAAUCUAGAAUUCUGCAAGAUUUUUGCAAUUUAAAAAAAUUGUGAAGAGGAGUCAGCAUUUUUGUGUGAAUUUCUCCCAAUAAACAGGUUUUUGUUUGCAGUUUCUCCCAAUAUAAUACUUGUUGUAUAUAAUUUCCAGGAAUAUAAUCAUCUUUAGGCACAUUUCCCCCUAAUACAUGCAUUUUUCUAAACAUAGUUUGGAUGGAGAACUGCAUCACAACAUUCAGAUAAGUGUGUAUUUCGAAGGAUGGCUGUGUUUUCGUUCUCAGAUUAUAUCGCAAAGUGCUAAUUUGUAAAUUCAGCUUUAAAUACCACAUUGGCCCAAAUAUAAGCCACACUUUCCCCCCAAAUUCUGACCGUGAAUAGUUAAAGUGCUGCUUAUAUUCGCGACCUUGCCAAAAUUGGCUUUUAGAUCGGCUGUGAGGCGGCACACUGUUGCGGGGAGCCAUUGAACUGGUCUGUGGCAGCGCCACUGGUGGAUUUGGCGGAGCCUGACUGCAGCGCUGGGGACCACGUGGGCUCCAGGCGCACUGCAGAAGCCUUUCAGCUGUGAGGCAGCCUUCCCCCAAGCUGAGCAGCGGCUGCGGCCCACGCAAGGUCUCCUACGCGCUGCAAUCUCUGGUCAGCUGUGAGGCAGUUCCUUUACAGCUGGGCAGCGGGCGUUUUCCGGUUACUGUAUACGGCAGCGGACGACCGCAUGGGCUUCGGUGCUGAGAGUGUGCUUGUUUGGGACGGGUGCUUGUUGACCCCCUUUUCAUUCCCCCGUCCCUGGGCAAGCGUCGUGUGUGUGUUCCUCGUUGUGUGAUUGCGCUUCGUUGGGCGGGUGCCUUUUGGAAUUCCCCCCUCUCCAAUUUUAAGGGAGAGGCUUAUAUUUAGGAAUUGUCUUUUUUUCUUUUUCCUCAUUGAAUUUUAAAGGUGUGGCUUAAGGCUUAUUAUUCGGGCCAAUACGGUAUGAACUGAACUGAAUUCCCUCACCUCACAAGCCAUGGCCAGAGAAGGAGUGAGAACAAUUAGAAACUCCCAGAUAGCAAGACUGCAAUCCAGUCAGAGUUACACACUUGGAAAUCUUGUUGAUUUCAAUAGGAUAGUUAAGUACUUGCUCUUUUACUGAAAUCAUUGGGGCCUACAAGUACAUAACUUGCCAAGUGCUUUGCCAUACUGAAUUUCUGCAGAUGCAUUACUAGAUACACUAUUUGUAGAAGGGCGGGUGGGUUUUCUUAUCUUUGUCUGUUUUCUAAACUAUUUAGAAGCAAGAGUUGUUUUUAAAAGUUUAUGGGUGAUAUGAUAUCUACUCAGAACUAAAUCUUAUUGAAUUCAAUGGGACAUACUCCCAGGAAAGUGGAGUUUGGUCAGAGUAGACCCAUUAAAGUCAAUUGACUUCAAUUACUUAAACCCAUAAAUUUCAAUAUGACUAUUUGGAAUUGCCUCUAGGAGACGACUCCAUAUUUUACUUGUUCCGUUUGUAAUUAUUGUAGCUCUUAUCCUGUUGUAUUGUGAAAAACUUUAAUAAAGAUCUUGUUGGGGGCGAAAUGAGUCUAUUCAGAGUAUGUCUAAUGUUAAACAUCCCCCUACAUGUUCCAGCUGCUGACCUGAAAACAAAAGCUCUUGGUUUGGGACUGUCAAGUCUUCCCCAAAACCACUAAUGCCUGGGUCAGCACUUGGGAAUCACAUGGUGGAAUACUGGAAUGACUACAUAUGUACCUAUACAUCGUCAUAUUGUUCCCAUUUCACCUUCAUAGGUUCUCAGUCUGUACAUGAGAAAGCACCUCUGGUGAAAGCCUUGCUUUUGGCUGGACCUGAAGGAGUCGGGAAAAAGAUGCUUAUUCAUGCUCUCUGCACGGAAACGGGAGCCAACCUCUUCAAUUUAUCUGCAGCUAAUAUUGCUGGCAAAUACCCUGGCAAGGCUGGUCUGCAAAUGAUGCUUCACAUUGUGUUUAAGGUAGGAACACAAAAGAUCCUCUCAUUUUAAUUUUUUCUGCAAAUUUAUAUAAAACUGUAUUUUAGUUGUACAGUAAGUAUUCUAUUCCAUAUGCUAAUAGGUGAUUUAUUGUGUAUCUCAUUUUGAUUCAUUGUUAUAAUAAUACAAUAAUACAUUAGGGAAGUUUUAAUGUUUGAAUCUUCAUUCUGUUUUUAGUCCUCUGUUGGGAGCCACCCAGAUGGGCGGGGUAUAAAUAAUAAAAUUAUUAUUAUUAUUAUUAUUAUUAUUAUUAUUAUUAUUAUAAAUAAAAUUUUAUUAUUAUAAAUAAAAUUGUAAGGCAGGCCCCACAAAUAACUCAGAGAUGCAUUUUAAAUAAAAGCACACAUUCUACUCUUGUAAAAACACGCUGAUUCCUGGACCGUCUGCGGGCCGGAUUUAGAAGGCGAUUGGACCAGAUCCAGCCCCCAGGCCUUAGUUUGCCGACCCAUGGACUAAUCAUUCACUAGUAACCCCAGUUCUAGCAGAGAGUGUUAAAUUGCUUACCAACUUAAAGUUUCAAACAUGACAGAGCACAUGACACACUUGGGAAGUAAAUAGUAAGAAUUCUACUAACAUUUUAAUCAUUCUUUUUAACUGCCUAUUUAUUAGCAACAUCUUUUUUGUACAGUGGUACCUCGGGUUACCUCCUGCCAACCUAGCAGUUCGAAAGCACAUCAAAGUGCAAGUAGAUAAAUAGGUACCGCUCCGGCGGGAAGGUAAACAGCGUUUCCGUGCGCUGCUCUGGUUCUCCAGAAGCGGCUUAGUCAUGCUGGCCACAUGACCCGGAAGCUGUCUGCGGACAAAUGCCGGCUCCCAUGGCCUAUAGAGCGAGAUGAGCGCCGCAACCCCAGAGUCGGUCACCCUUUACCUUUACCUCAGGUUACAGAUGCUUCAGUUACAGACUCCGCUAACCCAGAAAUAAUACCUCGGGUUAAGAACUUUGCUUCAGGAUGAGAACAGAAAUCAUGUGGUGGCAGCGGGAGGCCCCAUUAGCUAAAGUGGUGCUUCAGGUUAAGAACAGUUUCAGGUUAAGAACGGACCUCCAGAACGAAUUAAGUUCUUAACCCGAGGUUAACCUGUGUGUCAGAAACAAUGCACAGUCUCAUUGAGAUGGAAAAUCUGUGAUGGAUGCUCCUACAUACGAAAGAAAUCAUUAAUAUCCUACACAUAGAAGAACAGCAUUUCAGGAAUGAAUGUCCUGGUAUAGUCUUCUCCCUAACAUAUAGCUUUCAAUGUUGUUGGUUAUUUUUUGAAAAGAGGAACAUCAUGUCAGAUGCAGGUGUACCACUUUAGUGAUCGCUAGAUGUCAGUGUCUGGCGCCUAGUUGUUGGCAUCCAUCCGUCUCAUUUGACUAUUCUUGAUUCCAGUUCUUGUGUGCAGCCAAGAACUGGAAGACUCGUUCUUGCAGUGCAUAAUCCAACUAUGGCUCUCCCUCCCGCAGCAGACAGUGAUGGCCACCAGCUUUGAUGGCUUUCAAAGGGGAUUAGACAAGUCCAUGGAGAAGAGGACUAUCAGUAGCUACUAGCCGUGAUGGACGGCUUUGCUCUGCUUUCACAGUCAGAGGCAGCCGUGCUUCUGAAUACCAGUUGCUGGAAGUCACAGGAGGGGAGGGGGUUUCUUGUGCUCAGGUUCUACUCUGUGUUUGGCCACUGUGAGAACAGGAUGCUGGACUAGAUGGGUUGCUAGCCUGAUCCAGCAAGCUCUUCGGGAAUGAAUGUCCUGGCGUCUUUUCAUUUUGUGACUGCUGUCACAUUUGCGGUGAUCAUAGAGCCCAAGUCAUUAAACUGGAUGUAGAAUAUCUGGAUAUUUAUUUUUAUAAUUUUUUUUGUAAAUAUUGUUCAAAGCUACAAGCUUUGUGAAAAAACAAGUAAGGAGGCUCACCUGGUGCCUUUGUUACGUAAGUCUAGGCGCCAGGCAAAAACAUUCCUCUUCUCCCACCCCUUUGGCUAUUUAAGCAGUCCUUUUAAAUUGUGUGAGGAGGGUUUAUACUUCGUUAACUAUGUUGUGUAAUUUUGUGUUUUUAUAUUGUAAACUGCCCUGUGAGCCUCGGAUGAAGGGUGAGCAACCAACCCCUAAGCUGAACUGAUAGGCUUUCUAAAUAAAAAUGAUGGGCAUGUGAAGCUCAUGGAAUUAGAUGGGGGAAACAAGGAGGCCCAGAGCUUCGUCCUCAACUCCGUGUUUGCAUCAGGCGCCUCUGGUGGAAGAGGAGAGCUCUGUGGCAAAGCAAGGCAGAACUCACGCUGAGUGCAAGGCAGACUGAGACAAGGCAAGCGCGAGAAGGGUCUGGGCUGAUCUUAGGGCUCAGGCUGUUUUCUAGGAACACAGAGCUCCAAUGUUGCAUUAGCAAGGAACAAAUGUGACCCCUGCCAGCCCUGUAUAGCAGCCACAGCUGCAUCUAAUGGUUAGCACCACCUGUACUGAAAGGUGCUAAAGGGACUCAGCCCUCUCCAGCAGUCUCCUAGAGUGGCAGAGCAGGGGAGACUCUAGCCUCACAGGUUCUUCAGUAGAUUCCAAGGGUAGUAGAUAUGCUGGGUCCAGGGGUAACCCGGGAAACGCGGUCCAGGACCAGUCCAGAAUCUGAAGGUUCUGCUAGGAGUCAGUCCGACAGGGUCAAGGCAGGACACGAGGCAGGAAACCAGGCAAGGACAGGUACAGGAUCUCAGACAGGAUCUAGCAUACAGCAAUGUUGCUCCCGCAACCUGGGGCGGGGUCCGACAGCCUUUUAUCUUUGUCGGGGUAGCGGCCGGUCCUGAUCCCCCAGCGACUCACCUCCCUGUUUCGCCCAAAGGCGAGCGCUCCUCCUGCGAGUACUCAGGUCUCUCCUUCUCUCAGACCUCAGUCUCUGCAGCUCGGGAGACGUUGGUGGGUUACUAGACCCAGGGGCCGCCUCAAUCCAACUGGUAGUGGAGCAGCUGUAAGUGAUGGCCCAGCUGAAGGCAACGAGGUCAUCCCCGCAUCUGGAGCCAGGGCAGGCUCAGGCCCCUGACUCGGCCCAGCUGGUGUUUGUUGCAGGGGAACCUGUGCAGACUGGGACUGGCCCUAGACUUGGUACAGAUGAUGCCUGAGGCAAAGGAUCCAGUGCAGACUGAGUCUCCUCUGGGUCCGAAUUUGAGCCCAAGUCCCAAGCCAUCACAGUAGAGCCACACCAUCUGGGAGAGGGUUGCUGGUCUCACAGGUGUGUCAGGUAACAGCGUUUCUGCUUGCCCCACCCCUUCCGAAUUGGGAGUCCUCAGCUCCAUCACCUGAAGAGGAAUUGCAUUCCUGGUUCCCCACAGAAACCUCUGCCCUCCCACCAUUGCAGAUUAGGACUUAAAAUUGCCCAGAAUUUGCUUUUGAAACUUUCCAAAGCAGUUAGUAGCAAUACUGUGGCUGCUGUUCAAGAACUAAUAGAAUCAUAGUAUUGUAGAGUUUGAGGGGACCCUGGGGGUCACUGAGUCCAACUGUCAAGGUGGUGUCUCCCCUUCACAUUAACACCCCGGCACAGUCAGCUUGGUAUUUACAGACUUUAUUACAUAUGUACAAGAAACAGAUGGGACGCGGGUGGCGCUGUGGGUAAAACCUCAGCGCCUAGGACUUGCCGAUCGCAUGGUCAGCGGUUCGAAUCCCCGCGGCAGGGUGCGCUCCCGUUGCUUGGUCCCAGCGCCUGCCAACCUAGCAGUUCGAAAGCACCCCCGGGUGCAAGUAGAUAAAUAGGGACCGCUUACCAGCGGGAAGGUAAACGGCGUUUCCGUGUGCUGCGCUGGCUCGCCAGAUGCGGCUUGUCACGCUGACCACGUGACCCGGAAGUGUCUGUGGACAGCGCUGGCUCCCGGCCUAUAGAGUGAGAUGAGCGCACAGCCCUAGAGUCUGUCAAGACUGGCCCGUACGGGAACAGAUCCAUAGAAUAAAUCUUGAGUUAAUAUCACUUUAUAUCUAUAUAAGCAAAUAAUUAGACUUGCCUUUUAACUUCAUGAUAACUUGCAAUCCUUUUGGUCUUUUCUGACCAUGUAUUUGUAAUGUAUCUGGUAGUAGUAGUAGAAAAAUAAUUUGAAUAAUUGCAAAUAUUAUCAGUAUUUGAUGAAUUAAGGUAAAGGUACCCCUGCCCUUUCGGGCCAGUCUUGCCAGAUUCUAGGGUUGUGCGCUCAUCUCACUCUAUAGGCCGGGAGCCAGCGCUGUCCGCAGACACUUCCGGGUCACGUGGCCAGCGUGACAAGCUGCAUCUGGCGAGCCAGCGCAGCACAUGGAAUGCCGUUUACCUUCCCGCUGGUAAGCGGUCCCUAUUUAUCUACUUGCACCCGGGGGUGCUUUUGAACUGCUAGGUGGGCAGGCGCUGGGACCGAGCAACGGGAGCGCUCCCCGCCGCGGGGAUUCGAACCGCCAACCAUGCGAUCGGCAAGUCCUAGGCACUGAGGUUUUACCCACAGCGCCAGUCUGCCAAUUGAACACUUAAACCACAAUACACCCAGAUUUCUGAGUAUAAAUGUUAUUCUUGUGAAUAUCGAGCAAAGCACGAGAUAAUUCUCUGCUUAAAAGCAUGAUUAUAUGGUUAUUUGGUUUCUGAGUCUUUUUUUCGGCUGAUAUCGCUGGAUGUGUAAAGUAUUUCUGUGCAACCUUGAGUUUAAAAAUAUAACAUUAAGAAAUAGUCUUGAGGCUACAAAUUGCUCACACAUAAUAGAAGCCUCAAACAGCUGUUUUUAUUGCUACUUCUCUGUAAUAGAAAUAGACUGCAAUCACAACAUGAGAACAAGCAACAAAGGAAUAAACUUCUGCUAAACAAGCAUUAAAGAGCUGGUUUACAGAACACUUCCUGGAAACAAAGGCUGAACAGUUGAGAACAACAAGCUUCAUCUGCCAUGAAAUGCUAUCAGAGUCUUCACUUAAAGCAGUAUUAGAAAGGUUAAGGAGCCAUCUGCUGGUGGCUGCAACAAAAUGAAGAGCAAAGCACUCUAAUAAAAUUUCAAUUAUAAAUUAAUUGCAUAGUCCAUUUAAUUAUACAUAGAUUCAAACUACUCAUGGAUAAUUCAAAUGAAGUACUUUCAUUGGAACAUACAGUCUGCUACAUAUCUGCCAACAAUUUCAAUUAGAUACCAAUGGAUUGUGGGUGUCUCAUUUGGUUAAAAAAUACAGCAGAACAGCAGAAUCUUGAUCAGAUCAAGACAACAGAAUACCCCUGUUCUACACAUAGGCUAAUCUGCUCAUUAAUAGUUAAUGCUUGUAAACUAGAAAAUAGAGACCAUCAGAUAGAUGAUUUAUCUGAGUUAAUAUAAAGUGGGAACACUCCCUGUUUUGCUUUAGGUUAUUUAACAGCAAAACAAACAGUAAUAUUCUAGGAUCUGCACCUGUCUAUUUAACAAUAUUGAUUAUACUGUAGAAGCUUAAUUGUACAGUGUGUAUAACUGAUCAGCUCCUUAGAACAAAUGUAUUUAAAAAACGAAAAUGCAGGAAGAGAAGGAAAAAUAGGAAUUCCAAAGUCACAUAGUUUAAAAAUCCAUAAUUUUAACUAGAAUUAUUUACAGAAUAAAUUGGUAGAAUUAUCAGUGAAUUUAUUAUGUACUGGCUAAAGGGUGCAUUUUAUAAUGUUCUUGGGUUCAGCAGGGUAAAGGGGUGUUAGGGGAUACAUUGUGCUCCUUCUGGGGUAGUUUGUCCACCUUUUGCCCCCACCCUCAGGAGCACUCACCUCUCACCUGGGGCUCCUGGAAGCUGUCAGCAGGCAACUGCAGCCACACCCCAGGAAAUGCCUUUGACUGGCUGGCUAGUCACCCAGGUGAGGGUGGCUGAUGCAUCUCAAACCCUCAGUGAGUUAGGGACUUCCACUACAUGUGAAGACUGAGUGGACAAGGUCAAGAAGGCUGUUUCUGCACAUUCUAUAGAGGGAGUGAGGGGUAGAUGGGGUUCAUCAACCUGGGAAAGGAGCCCAUCUAGGAGAAGGAAAUCUCUGAUCCUAAACCUCCACUACCUUGGUGCGGGGCAUCUUUGGGAUAAGAAAAGGCUAUGGCAGAAGUUUUUAACCUGUGUGCCUCAGCACCCUUGGGUGACUUAAUGAUUGGUCAGGGGCGUGGGGAGGGGCAGCUGCCCCCUCAAUAAAAAUCAGUAAAAAUACAAAACUAACUGAGGUUCUGCCCCCCCCUCCCAAACAAGAGGCCUGCCCUCCCCCAACAAAAAUCCUGGCUAUGCCCAUGGUCAAGGUCCUCCUCUACCCCCUCCUCCUUCCUCACAUCAGCCAUCCUUCCUUCAUAUCUGCAAAUCUCUCUGAGUCUUUAUCCCUCUCUCUCUGUCUCUUUCCCUGGCCCAGCCCGAGUCCUGCUCCUUUUCCUCUCUGCAUUGCAGUCCCGUCCAGAUUCCUUCUCUUCCUCCUCAGCAGCCAAAGGAGCCCCAUUUGAAAGUCGUUCCCUUGGCUGUGACUCCUUUGACUGAAGUCAAUGAGGGAGAUACUGCAUGGUCUGGGAAGGCACAAAGAAGCUCCCAUCCCUGGAACAUGGCGCUGGGUCAAGAUGCAGAACUCUCGUCUUCACUUAGCCUGACUGGUAUAUUGUAGUGUUAUGACGUGAAACUCUUUCACCUCUCAGGUCGCCAAACAGCUACAACCAUCAGUCAUAUGGAUUGGAGACGCGGAGAAAACUUUCUACAAGAAGGUGCCUAAAGCUGAAAAGGAGGUAAAUCCAGUUUUCCAUACUAUAGUAGCAGAAUCACAGGUUCACAAACAAAGGUACAUUUCACAGCAUCACAAGACUGAGUGGCUAGCCUUUGCUUUUCCUUUGAAAAACAGACUGCCUCAUCCUCCACUGGUUGGUCAUGAAACAUAUGCUAAUUUCUGGCUUAUACAGAAUUCUUCACUGGGCCCUAUGGAAAUGGAAAAACCAAAUCAUUUUAAAAGGCAAAAAGGAGAGGCGAGUUUAAAAGUAAAGGUAAUGGUGACUUUAUGGAGAACAUUGAAACCAAAUUUUCAGUUUUGUAUUGAUGUUAGAAUCUGAAUUUUUUACUUUUUAGAAAUCAGUUACAUAUAAGACGCUCAAAUGUGUGUCUUGAACAAGCACAGAUGUAUCAAGCUUCAGAUCUUGAAACUCUUAUCUACUCAUUAAUAUGUCUUAAUUACUUUCUAUUCAUCAUUUGUUUUCAUGAUAAAAUGAAAACAGCAAAUUUGCCUAUUAGUGAAAUAUUAGUUGAAAAGAAGCUUUAAUCCUGCAGAUGUUACCCCUUGAUUUUAGUUCUAAAUUUGGUUGUUUCUAGGUGUAACUGCAGAGACAUAUGAGAUAAGCUUUUCAAAAAUUGCAUGUAAAUGUUGAACCUGGCUUUGAGGUGACUGAUGCCCUCUACUGGUUAAAGUUGGCAUAAACAGCUUGCCACACUGAUCUCAUGGAGUAAAGCUGCAUGUGUUAUUGGGCCAAUGUUCUUCCACAAACUCUUUCAUGUACUCUUAUAGCAACAGAAAGUACUCCAUUAAAUGUUUUGUAUCUCAUACCCUAACAUGAAAGAGUCCAUUAAUCUCAAACUGUUCCACAUAAACACUUAAACUGUGACCAAGCGUUGAUUUUGUACCCUUUGCGUGUAAACGUUUGAAGGUUCAUAGAAGGCAGUCAAGUCAAAAUGAAGCACAUUGAUUUCAAAGGGAGAAUUUAACAAAUGAUUAAAUCUCAGCCAUCAAUAUUAGUGAACGCAAUAAGUGUUUAGAGUUGGCUGUUAAAGCUGGUUAAAGCUAAGAGUCCAUUCAGUGGUGGCCGUGUUACAUGCAAGAAUAGCCUGCCUAGUCCACCAUCCUGUGCUCACAGUGGCCAAACAGGGAGCAGAACAUGAGCCCCCCACUCUCUCCCCUCCCCUGGUUUCCACCAACGGGUUUUCGGAAGCAUGGCUGGCUCAAACCGUGGAAGUAGAGCAGGGGUAUCCUGGCUCGUAGCCAUCGAUGGCCCUCUCCCCCAAGGACUUGUCCUAUCCUCCUUUAAAGUCAUCCAAGGGCAUUUUGAUCAGACAUACAGGAAUAGCUUCUUCUUCCUGUUUUCAGAAGCUUCAGAGUGCUGAUUGACUGGUUCUUACCCACUUCCUCUUCUCCUUUCCAUGGCAGUUAAUUCAAUUUGAAAUAUUGAAAAGGGGGGAUUAAUUAGUUGAAUGAAUGUACAUAUAGCACUGUAAGAGAUGAAGAUGGGCGAAACAUCAUUCUGUACCUUAUGAGAUGCUGCUCUAAUGAGGCCCCAACUUUAGGUAGGGUUUUCUGGCGUAUGGGGGCUGCUGCUUGAAGGGGGAGCCUUUCAAGUCCCCUGAAUGUGAAUGGAGCAACCCUUACUCCAGUCCCAAUCCAGAAUACCAAAGCACCACCCAAUUAAUUACUAGUGUAUCUAUCAAAUUUAGUUGCAGCAUUUACAAACUUGUAAUUAAUUUAAACCAAAAACUAGCUUCAGAGUUGUGCUUUGAAAAUAACCAUUUCUUUAGCAUGGACAGGAGGACCAUGGUAAAGAUUAGGGCUGUACUUUGACUCCUGGGUUCAAGCCUUGAAAUCUUGUUACACAAGACUUCUCCCUAUCUAAGCCAAGUUUUCCACAGAUACAGCAGAGAUCAAGUAUAUUCUUUUGUGGAUUGAGUAUUUUUUAUUCCUAAGUAUGCCACAGUAUUUUAACUUAAUAGUUACAUGUGGGUCCCACUUAGCGAACACAAUGUUUUUCCUGGAAAUCGUUCAUUGGGUGAGUGUUCACAUAACGAGUCCACAAUUUCCAUUAUUUCCUAUUGAAAUAUUUCCAAUCCGGGAUUUGUCUGAUCUCUUCCCUGCCCCGCUCUCUUAAUGAUUUCUUCCUGAAAUGGCUUCAGCCAAUCCACAAAAGAGAGAUAAAGGGGGGGAAUGUCUGAGCUCCCUGAUUUAUCCGAUUUUUCCUCCUCUUUGAUUCGUCUGAUCUGCCCCACCCUUUGAUUUCUGCCUGAAAAUGGCUGUCGCUGGCCAGCAAAGCACAAAAAAAGGAAGUAAGGAAUUCAUCUGUUUGGAUAAGUGAAUCUAUGGGGCAUAUAGUGGGUUUUGGGCAUAAUUCUCUUAAGUGAGGAUAAGUGAAUUUUCAGAUAGUGAGUGUGCAGAUAGCAGGACCUGUGUGUAAUUGGUAUGGGAAUAAUUCCAUAACUUUAAAACUGUUAUCUGUUUACACACUCUUUCUUGUGUAUAUUAAUAGCUUUGUUCCAAAGUGUGAUCCAUCAGGAAAUAGGCUGCUGGAGUAGCAGCAUAUAUUUUACUGUAACAUUGGAACAUCACAAUAAUGGUGUAAGAACAUUACUUUGAUACUGUCGCUAGAUCAGUGCAGCUCAGCAGAUAUAUAAACAGAAUGUCUAGGAAUUAUUCCAAGAAUAUUAACCUGAGUUUUAGCAAGCGUCUCAAGGCAGAGUUUUUAAUUUGUAAAUUCAACAAGGGUGGGUCUGAACCUGUAAAUGAGCCUAAGCAAGAAAAGGAAGGACAGAAUCACUAUGACAAAUCCUAGCAAAUAUGUCACAUAUUUGUGCUAUGAAGAUUGAACAGGCUACCCAAAAAAGCUUUUGGUUUACUGUAAUCAAAGCAAGUCCUGCCAAAUAGAAUUGACUAUUCCUGCAAAUAUAUGAGAAGUCUAAUACUAAGUUAUGCCUUCAUAAUCAUAAAAUCAAGUGAGUUUGUUCUAAAAUCGUAUAUUGGUCCAAAUAAAAGUUUCAUAUAUGAUACCUACUCCUAUCUAACAUUUCACUUACUUGUAUUUGAUCUGGAAGUUGGAGCCCAGACGACUGAAAAAGCAACUUCCUAAAAUUUUGAAAACCCUGAAAAUUGAAGACAGAGUAUUGAUAGUAGGAACCAGUAAGCGUCCCUUUGAUGCAGACCUCAAACCCUUUUGCAGAGUUUACAAGAAAAUCAUUCUGGUUCCAAGGCCAGACUACGCAUCAAGAUUUGGCAAGUAUCUGAAAACGGGAUGAAUGUGCUGUUUACAUAAAGCUAAUUUAUGCAAACAUGCUCAAAACAUUUGUAAAGUGCAUUAUAUUAAAUAGGCUGUCAGAAAUGUAUUCUAGACAAAGUUGUUUGCAGCGUGUGUGGUGCCCACAAGAGUUUCUCUGGGUUUCAAAUGUGUCCAUGGGCACAAAAUGAUUGGUGGCCCCUGGACUACACAUUGUAACAUGUCCCCCUCCAAAAAACACCAUCAGGAGUAGCAGACUAUACAGUAGUUGGCUGCACAGUAAAAGUCAACCGUUGGCUUGUUUCACUAAAUCAAAGUUAAGAGGAGGUGCACUUUGUUUGUGUUCAGAUGUAGCAAGUCACCACCAUUAAUUGAAACAGAAGUGAAAGUUUCUGAUCUCCAGAGGAGACAAGGAGAGAGGGAGCAUGCAAACCCGGAGGCCCUAAACCAGUGUUUCUGAAAGUGGGCAAUACCGUCCCCUGGGAGGCGCUGGAACGAUCCAGAAGGGUGGCAGGAGCCUCGGAUGCAAUGGGGGGAAUUGGAUAAUAAUAACGGGGUGAUGGAAGCGUAAAGAAAGGAGAAAAUUUUGAAAAACUGUUUCAUCUGUUGUGUAAUGACACUUCCUGCCAGUGGGGUGCUGUUGCGGGAUGAGACGCCUCCCCUGAAUCUGGCACUUGUUCUCAAGGCAAGAGGUUUUCCUGGGUUUGGGUGAACCCUUUUCGUCUUCACUCAGCCUGGGAAGUGGAUCAUAGCUUGCCUGACUAUUUGGCAGGCGGGCUGCAACACCAAACCUGCCCUGCCCCUGGGGUGAAUUGGACUGAGCACAGGGGGGCAAUGAGUUGUGUUUUUGUUUAAGGGGUCCAUAAGCCAAAUAAGAGGGACGUGGGUGGCGCUGUGGGCUAAACCACUGAGCCUAGGGCUUGUCGAUCAGAAGGUCGGCGGUUCGAAUCCCCGCGGCGGGGUGAGCUCCCGUUGCUCGGUCCCUGCUCCUGCCAACCUAGCAGUUCAAAAGCACGUCAAAGUCAAGUAGAUAAAUAGGUACCGCUCCAGCAGGAAGGUAAACAGCGUUUCCGUGCGCUGCUCUGGUUCGCCAGAAGCGGCUUAGUCAUGCUGGCCACAUGACCUGGAAGCUGUACGCCGGCUCCCUCGGCCAGUAAAGCGAGAUGAGCGCCGCAACCCCAGAGUCGUCCGUGACUGGACCUAAAGUUCAGGGGUACCUUUACCUUUUUAAGCCAAAUAAAUUUGGGAACCUCUGUCCUAAACCAUUCUUUAUGGUACGUGCAGAGUAGGCCAAGGUUUAUAUUUUUUUGCAGAGGGAAGGUUCUUUGUGCAGCAUUUGCAUAGUGCUGAUAAGACUGAUCACUCUCAUACUGAUGAUUUGCCCUGGGAUCUUAGUCUAAUAUGGAGAAAUGGGUAGCCAAAUUUUCUCCAGGGUUUUAGGGGUGAUAUAACCACAAUUUAUAGAACAGUACUGUAGAGUUGCCACAUAGUUGGUCGCCUUCAUUUUAAAAGCAAGCAACUGAAAUAAGCACAGUCAGAGCAGAUUCCUGCAGCCAUAUGACCUUUGCUGAAGCAAUUGUACUUUUACCUUUGGGGAGAGUUUUGCAGGAUGAGCCAGUCCUGGGAAUGAUUUUGCACACGCAGACAAAGCUUAUUACAUUCUGUAUCAGUUUUUUUAAAAAAUAUUGCAUCAGGAUAUGUGGAACCACAAUUUUGAGAUUAAUUGUAGCGUCCAUUCAGAGUCUUCUGAAGAACGUCAGCAUGGGAUACCAGACAUUCUCGUUGUUUCUUAAAUUAGUAGACAUGCAGUCAGAUGCUUAAACUGAUUGUUGUGUUGCUAGAGCUGCUACUGCUACACAAGCAGGUUUCUGAACAUUCAGGUCAUAACCUGAUUGUCUUUUAUUAUUGGACAGUUUUAUGGAAACACGUCAUUGAGCAGAAUGGAGGGGUAUUCUCCAAAAAUCUGAACAUCAGCUGCCUGGCACAGGUUUCUGAUGGUUACACUCAGGGACACAUAGUCAAAGCCGUUCAAUCCGUCUUAACUGAACGACGCCUGAUGCAGCUGAACAAGAAGCCACUGACUGCUGCUGAAUUCCUGGUGUGCCUAGCCAGGCAGGAUCCAGUUUACAAGGAGGAGGAAGAAACAUACAAGGUAGUGCUUGCCUGGCGAUAAUCCUUUUUGCCUUAAUUAAACAGAAAAACAGAGUUUUGCACAGCACUUUCAAGAGUAUGGUUUGCCCCCGGGGUCUCAACAUAUAUUUGGAGGUGUGUGUUAACAUCCUGAUUUCCCUUCACCUCCACAGAUUUGGCAUGAUGCCGGCAUGCUGUGUGUGUUGCAUGCAGCGCAGAUAUGCCUGAUAACCUGUGAUCUUUUGACCAUCCUGAUCUAGAGGGAUAAAGACUCCGCAGCAUCUUGCACACCUGCCUUGCAAUCAGUUCUCACACAUUCCAUGUAGAUACUACAUUCCCCUACUGAGGUGAACUAGGGUGGUACAGUGGGGUCAAUCCUGAUGUCCCACUGCAUCCUGUACACAAUAUAUGAAUGAGCCUUUUACCGUGUUUUACAUACUGUAUAAGCCACCAGAAAGUCUUCCAGCAAAGGGCAGGAAACAAAUUUUAAAAAUAAAUGAAGGAAAUACAAUAAUGUGGAAUGCAAGCUGAUAUUCUCUACCAACCAUAUUGAGAAAAUGAUGAGAGGGCAAAAUCUGUUGGUGCAAGAAAAUGUUUUGUUGACUAAUUGGUUAUACAACUGUCCCGUAUUUACAAAGAGUUAAAUAUCCCACUGAAGAUGACCAACAUGCACUGAAACCAACUAUCUAGCUUCUAGCCUAUGUCUCAUCAGUACAUGUAGAAACAUCAUAGUUUUUAUUCUUUUAUCACGUUUAUAUUUAAGCUUUCUUCCAGCAACCUCUGAUUCUCCUGAGUCCAGUCCACAGUCACAUUUCAAAUGAAUAUUUCUUCUAUGGAAUCAGGCACCCCACUUUAGAAUAACAGAAGUACUUUCUAUUAUUACUGUACAAAACAUGACAUGCCUUACAUGACAUGCCUAUAGUAAGAGUGCCAGUCCACAAUGAGAAAUAUCCAUUAUCCCAAGUUUGUUGAGAUGAAUACCCAAUGAAUUCAUUCUGUCAAGAAAGAGACCCAUCUCAAAAGCAGCCAUUUCCUACUUCUUGGGAUACCGGCAGUGUUUUAAGGCCAAAGAAUUCCCAUAUACUGUAGUAUUUGAAAACCAAGUGUUGCAAAAUGAUUUUAAAAUUUUCUAUCACCUAAUUGUAAUCAUUGCCCGCUUGCAUCUACACUUUUGUAAAAAAUGAAAACAGUAUUAAAAUUCCUAGCUGACAUUCCUUGUUUAAUUUUUGUAAAAAAAAAGAAAGAAAGAAAAUCAGGAAACAGUUAAUGAUUUCCCCGCUCACUGAAAUCAGAUAACCCAACUCACUCAUCUUGCGACAUUGCCAAAUUUCAAAGAACAGAAUUUUCAACUACAGUUAUAUACCCUGGGAAAUAGGGUUGAUCACAGAGAUUGUAAUGCUAUCAUAACUAUAGCAACUUAAGUACCACAGCUAUGUAUUCAUGUUAAUGAGCCACUUCAAGCAGAUGAUUGCUACUGUUCUCGUUAUAAUAGCGUUCUCAGGAGAUCUAAAGACUGUGAUGCCGCUUCUACAUGAGCCACCCACAAUUAGGGUUCUUAUCAGAAAAGGACUACAGCAGGCAGGAAAAUACAUGUUACUUGCAUACUUUCAAGCUUCUAAAAAAAAUUAUUUCCGUCUGAUUCUGUAGGCUUGGUAUGCAAGGACUCCUUUGGGGAAAGCUCGAAUCAAGUCGCUGGCCGUGAAUGAAGAUACCGGAAAGGGGAAAGGGAAGGGGAAAGACAAGGGGAAAGGGAAAGAGAAGAAGAAGAAAGGGAAGAAGAAGAAGUAGGAGCGGUUGCUUGCUACUCAACACAGCUGAUAGCAUUGUUACCUAUUGAAUGGAUGGGGGGGUGAGUCUUCCUUUGAAAUCACAGUUCCCUGCUUGAUAUCCCAGAACAGCCUAUAUCUAAAAAUGUAUUGAACAAGGCAUCAGUGUGACGCUCAAAUCCUUUAAGGUAAACUAGUGACCACUGAACUUUACUAUUGCUACCUAGACUAUUUCGUAUAAACUCAGAUAGGAUAGAUUCUUAGAAAUGUAUUAUUAAAUUUAUGGUAAUCUGCCUAAAAAUGUAAUUGCAUAUUUAGACGCUCGUUUUUUAUCAUUCCUCCUCCUUCACGCUUCCCCCGUUGAAGGUGCAGCUUAAACACACGCAAAGGAAUCUCCUUGGGGCUCCACAAAGCCCCAUUUCUCACUUUCCACCUUCUUCAUCAGCCCACAAAGAGCUGAGCAGUGAAUGGGGAGUCCCAGAACUUGAAGAACUUGUCAGUGUAGAGAGAGGGAGGCACACAAAUUCCCAUUCCUUGGGCAUGGAAGUUGGGGCAGGUAGGAACUCAACUGAGCAUUAUGGGGAUGCUUCUCUGUGUUAUAGGUCAUAUAUGUUUAUGCCUGACAAAACUUUUUUAGCCUCUGUAUGUAUCUGUAGUCUUGAUGUAUUCUACUUUUCAAUAAAAUGUUCAGAGCUCAAAA